AUGCCUACCCUAAACGAAGAUGGCAAAUUUUUUUGCCCGCCCAUCACAUUUUCAUAUGCAAAAAUGACACGAACCGAACAUUUUAUUGAUGUCGGCUUUAGCAGAGAAAACAAAUUAAAUGCAUUAGUAAAUCAAUUAUUUGAUAUAAGAAUAAAUUUGAAGGAUAUAUCAUAUCUAUUUUGUAAUAACAUUGAACAGACAGUGAAUCUUUCCCCUUCAUAUAGUAAUAAAUACUUCUCAGUAAUCAUUGUGAUAUCUUUUUAUCUAUCAAUAAAACAACCAACUCUUGGAGAUAGCCGCAUUUAUCAAAUAGCGAAAUUGUAUUUAUUUUCACCUGUAAGUGGGUUAUACUCGUGCCCUCUAGCAAUGACAGAUGGUGCUGCAUCCAUUCUAAAGAAAGAAUCAAGAGAACCUUUUAUUACUGCUUUUGACAAUCUGACUUCUAACGAUUCUAAUGUUUUUUGGACAUCUGGUCAAUGGAUGACAGAAAAACAAGGAGGUUCUGAUGUAGGCAAUGGUACCGAAACCUUUGCUGUGCCACAAACCGAUGGCACAUAUAAACUUUAUGGAUAUAAAUGGUUUACAUCAGCAACAGAUGCCAACAUGAGUCUGACAUUAGCAAGAAUCGUUGAUAAAAGUGGGAGAAUAACAAAAGGGUCAAAAGGUUUGACAAUGUUUUAUUUGGAAACCAGAAAAGCGGAUGAGAGUUUAAAUGGUAUCAGAAUAGAGAAAUUAAAAAAGAAACUUGGCACAAGACAAAUGCCUACGGCUGAACUAAUAUUGGAUGGUGCGACUGCAUAUCAAUUAUCGGAAAUUGGAAGAGGCAUUGCAUCUAUAUCUCCCAUGUUGACAAUAACUCGAAUUCACAAUUCAGUAAUGGCUGUCUCAAACAUGAGAAGGUUACUCAAUUUAAGCAAAGAUUUUGCAAGAAAAAGAUCAGCAUUUGGAACACAGCUUUGCAACCAUCCAGUUCAUGUUCAAAUAUUAGCAAGAAUGGAGGUUGAACAACAAGGUGGUUUUGUUAUGUUGAUGAAAGUCUCAUCACUUCUCGGAAGAGUGGAGAACAAAAAAGCAUCUGAUUAUGAAAGAUUGGUAUUUCGGAUUUUGACACCAUUGCUUAAGUUAUACACUGCAAAGCAGGCAGUCUCGACAGCAUCGGAAGGUUUAGAGAGUUUUGGUGGACAUGGAUACUUAGAGGACACCGGGCUACCUGUUUUUUUAAGAGAUGCACAAGUUCUUAGUAUAUGGGAAGGAACUACCAACAUAUUAUCCCUAGAUGUGUUAAGAUCUAUUGCAAAGACAGAGGGAGAGGCAUUAAAGGCUUUGUUUACUGACGCAUUUACAUUAAUUUCAAAAACUCACAACAGCAAUAACCUUCUCCAAGAAAGCCAUAAAGUCUUGACAAAUGCCAUCCAUGCUAUGCAGCACUUUUCAAAUGAAUUUCAUAGAAAAGAUGAGGCAUAUUUAUCAUCAGCUGCCAGAGAUUUUGCGUACUCAUUAUCAAGGAUUUAUAUUGGUUGUUUGUUGUAUGAAAAUGCUGUAAACAGUUGUAAUAACGAUGCAUCCACACAUGUUGCUUACAGGUGGGCAGUUUGUCAAGAUUUAAUACCAGUAGUCACAAAUGACAGGAAGUCUUUAUACAGUACUCAUUCGCAUAGAUUUGAUAACCUUAUAACAUAUGGCGAUUUGUGAUAAUUGUUGUAAGUGGAAGUUUAUUAUGUUGAAUCCAUUGUGAUGCCAAAUAGUUUAUGCUCUUGUACAAAAAGUUGUCCAAUUCACAUCAGGUGCUUUGACUGAACUAAUAUAGACAAUGUUUUAUGCCAUCUAUCAUAAUAUUAACUGGUUCUGUGUGACCUAAAAACUAGUUAAAAAUUAGCAGUAGAUUGAAAAAUUAGUACUGUAUUGAUGCAUAUAAUUUUGACCAACACCAGCACUUUUGCAACUUCUAUUGCACUUAAGAUUACCAAGACAACUUUAUUUUGUCACAGAAAUCUUUCUGAGAAAUUUUGUCACAUGACUUAUCUGUACCCAAUUUUUUUGGAUUUAACCCAACAAUUGAGAAAAAUUGGAUUUUUGGGCAAUUUUGUACCUUUCAUUCUUACUAUCCAAAAACCAGAAAAUAUGUUAAAUAACUUUUAUUUAGAAUGUAAAAAUUCGCUCUAGAACUUAAGUAAUUGAAUUUUAAGCACAUACAGGUAUGUUAGACAAAUUUCAAGCUUUUGAUGCCGUCACAGAAAAGGUGCUGACAUAAGCAAGAAUUUAUUGCUGUUAUUUUGUUUCUUUCAUGACAUACCAUAAGUGUGCCAAGUUUGAUACAAUUUGGACAAGCCUUUUAAGAGUUAUGGGUUAUGAAAGGGUCGACGUCUGUGUAGCAAAAGCAACCGUAAAAUUAUACUCAUGAGAUUAAUUUCCAAAGACACUUUGCAAACUUUUAGAAUAAAAGUAACCAUGCUGUAGUACUCCUCCACCAGCUCCAUUACCAAUCAUAAAUGUCAAGGAAGUGGAGAAAGUUUUCCCCCUGAGAGUGCCUGCAUUAUCAUUCCUUUCAACUGCACCAAAGUCACCACUGCCAACAAAUGUGUGUUUUAAAGUUUUACUAAUUCGGAUAAUUUGGAUAAUUAUCUUUUCAAAUUCUUUUCUUGUGGUAUAAGAUUGCAUUGCAUUCAUGUUUUUACACGUUCAAUAAUGCAACAUGUUCCAGACGAGCAAGCUUUUCAGUUUUUGCUGUUUCAUCCUCUUUUCCUUUUUUUAAGGCUACUUUUUUCUUUUACUCCUUUCCCUUUCCUUCUCUUUGUCUAACCCAUUACCUGUGUAAGUAAAAUAUAGAAUGAAUUUAAGCACUAAAAUAGCAAUAUAAAAAUGACAGCAGAAUGCAAAUGCCUAAAAAAACUUAAAAUUGUACAAGAAAAAUUGGCAACUUGCCAAAUCAAAAUUAGUUUGCAAGGCAAAUACCACCCUAUUCUGGGCACUGGAAUGGAAUUAUAUAUAAACAUUUACACGCAUAUCACUAUCGGUUUCUUGCAGAUUGCGGUCCAUAAAUAUGUAGUCAAGGUCAGCCAUUAGCCAAGAAUGGAAUCAGAAUAUCUUAACAUUGUUAGCAGCAAUCCACAGCAGCAAUAAAAAAGUAAAUUUAAACAAUUAGGGUGGUAUAUAACCCUCUAACACAAGACUUUUUUUAAAUAAUUAAAUUUUAUCUGUUCCAGCCCUUUCAUGGGCCUUACACACAUUGUUAUAACUAAUAAAACACAUUUUUGUCAAAAAAAUAUUUUCAUGUCAUUAAUUAUGCAAACAAUAAUCAGUUUUUUGGCCCAAAAACCAUACUUCCUUCUAACAAAGAUAUCUAAACUAUGAAAUAUCCAAAUAGUGAUAAAAUUAGACAGCGUGCCAACAAUAUGUUGGCAAAUGUUCUGAACCUCUUAAAUUAUAAAAAAAUUUGACAAUCACUCAUAAUUGGCGGCAAAAUGUUUAGUUAUUUUCUGUAAUCUUUGAAACCAAUAACCUACCUAUAAUUUACUAGGUGAAACAUGCUUAUAACACUUAUAUUUUAAUUUUAGCACAUUUGAAAUAUUUUGACGAAACCUAUGCUAAAAAUUUUGUGCAAUUAGAAAAUUUGAAAACACGUAAAAAUCAAAACUAAGAAAAUCAAAGUUAAAAACUUUAUACAAAUAUAAUAACACAUAAAUACUUUAAAAAGCUCCACUGGAAUAAGUUUUUCCUUCUUUUUCAGUAUUUUUGUCAGCAAAACCUUUUCUAAUAGCUCUUAAUGAAUUUCUUCUAUGUUUGACAUGUUCGCUUGACUUUCGAGCCAUUGAGCCAGAACUUCCGGUAUGAUUGAUCGGUCAAUCGUGGGUAUCUCUCCACAUGUAUGUCCAAAUGUAAUCUGGUGUAUCAUUUUUCCUAUCCCAAUUACUGUAACUUUUACAGUUCUUACUCAGGACUUCAAAGUCAGUGCAUAUUCCAGACUAAAUUGCAGUUACAACACCAUUGUGCAAUGCAUAGCCGCGUCGUUGCCAAGAUCUAUCGAAACUGACCACUGCGUCCACACCAGUAUUAUUAUUGUAUUCUUCCUGAAGUGCAUUCUGUCUGAUUUCUUCGGUUGCCUUGUUCAUUGACUCCCUGGCAGACUGAACAUAGUCUCGAAUGAUGAGGGGGGCAUAGGUUUGUGCAUAUUCAUCAUAGCACAGAAUUUUUGUUGAGUGUUACCUUUUUCUGCAAAAUUAAGCCUUUUUUGAAAGGUUUUUUUCCACACAAUCUUCGUUUCUAUUACUAUGCUACUUUCUCUUUACUUUUUUGAUUUUAAAUAACACUUUUGUGAUCCCAUUAAUACUAAUAUUAAGCACAAGGAAUAACUUGAGUGAGCAGUAAUAAAUUUAACCAACCCACCCAAAGGCCCAUCCAAGUUGGAAAAGUUUUGGUGGUUUUAAGUGAUAGUUUUUUAACUGGUAGACAAAUCAUUCAACAUAUGGAGGAACAUUCUGCCUGGCUUUACUUCUUUGGCAGUGAAAGAUAGUGAGCCAAUCAAGGAAAGCAAUUCCCAUUUAGUGCUCUUUUUCCUUCCAGACCAAGCUAAUAAAGAUUCAUGAAACUCUCUGUACUUUUCCACUGAGAGUCAACCUCAAUGCUCACAUAGGUUAAAGUUUGUGAGGGUCCUGUGGUUUUGUGCUCCGCAAUACGGACACCUAAUUCAGUGCAGAUCGAUUGAAUGGAUUCCAUGUAACUAUUAAUUUCUGCUGCAGACCUCCCACAAAUGAAGAAAUUGUCUAAGUAAUGAACCACAAAUGGAAUAGCUAUAACAGUGAGGAAGAUUCAACAUAACAAAUCUUCAAAACAGUAAACAAAAAGGGCGAUGAGCGGCUGCCAAAUGGAAAACGAGUGUCCGCAAAAUAAUUACCCUGCCAACAGUAGACUAAUAAACCCCUUUGAAAAAAAGUUCUCCCAAUUUUCUUUCAAUUUGAAUUAUUUAUAAAUAAAACAUGCACCACCAUACCGUAUGAUUAAUUUUUGAAAUUUCGUGAAAGAUGUAGCGAUCGAGUGCAGGUUUGUGCAGACGGUAACAUGAAGUCUUCUCGAUCUUCGCUAUUGAAAUCUACAUAAAUUAAUUCUACAGAAUAAAUGUCUUCUCCUGUGACAAAGCUUAAAAAUGUCCCCACACCUUUCGAUGGUAGCGUAAGCAAAAACACUUUCAAAAAGUCAAACACGGUUUCCUCUGCAGUAUGCACAUAAGAAUGAUCCUAAAACAAAACUAGAGUCCUUUAGGCCUUUAGGUCAGCGCGACUGAGAACUUUAAAUGUGUGAGUGAGAAUUGUUUAUCCACGAAAGUAAAAAAGAAAAUUUUCUUCCGCUUCAAGAUAGUAAAAUUUACCCACUUUCCUCUGAAUAACGAUAUUAGUUCAAAUAUUGUCUCACUUCUUAUGCUUGGUUUCCACUGCGAGAUAGCGUGAGAUCAUUGGCAUAUUACUGGGCACGGAGAAAGGAAGUACUAUUUCUCGAAAGUUCAAAUAAAUAGGAAUCUGACUUUUCAAUUUGAAUAUUCCCGUUUUCAGUUGCAAUUGAAUUGGGCAGUUCGUCUAAAGCAAGAUAUUGACUGGUGUAACCUAAAGGCUGGCGUAAAGAUCAUUCCCUAGUGUCAAAAUUCGAUCAAGAUCCCAUUCAGUCCAGUAACGCACAGACGCAAUAGAAGGGUAACAGAUGGCCCACAAAGCAUUGCACACGCAUUGGCUACCCGCUGAUUCUCCAAAUCUAGAAUGACCUUGAUGAAAUGAGCCCAUUACUAUUUUAUCUGGGUUGACAGGCCCAGGGUUGGACUAAACGUCACUAGCCAUUAGAAAAGCCAAAGUAAUAUUUACACAAAAAUUGAACAGAAUGGAGCUGGCCUUAAUAAGAGCGAGAAAAUUUCUUCAGAAACAGUAGAUCUGAACUGAGCUGAGUGGUUGAACCAAAAGUUCCAAUAGCAAUGCGAUAUGUAAAAAUACAACAAAGUAGAACAGUAAAAUUAGAUAGCUAUAUAUAUAUUUUAUAUAUAUUAUUUUUUAUUGUAAAAAAAAUCUAUUCUAUAAGUUAUAUAUAUGUAAAAUUAUAUUGUAAGAUCAAGGUAGUGUCCAAGUCUGACAAGAGAUUAAAUAGUAACAAAGUAAACAUGUGUAAACAAGUAACCAAGUAAAUCGUUGUUCUUUCGCUUGACCUAUAAGAAAAGAAGAAAAAAAAUUACACAAUAUUUUUUAAGCAAAGUGAAGAAACUUUUGCAAGAAGGAAAAUUUGCGAAAAUUAGGGACCAUCAAACGCUCCAUUUUCCAUUUUACAAUCCAAAUUAAUGCCCCAUAAAGUAAAUUAUGAGGAUAAUGCUACUAAAUAUAUCAAGACCGUAUUAAAGAGAAAAAAUAGUUAUAUUGAAGAAGAACUACUUUGUUCAUCACUAACAUACUGCCAAGCGGCUCCCAGUUCUGGGGACCGCGGAUCGAAUCCCGCUCACUGCUUGGCAGUAUGUUAGUGAUGAACAAAGUAGUUCUUCUUCAAUAUGACUUACAUGCAUUUUACAUUGCAUUAUGAGCGAAGCAGAUUUUCACCAAGAACUUCAUUAUUUUAAAUAUGACAGACGAAAAGUCUGAUGGCUGAUAAUGUAUUUUUACCGAUAAAUUCUACGGUCCAGUACCAAAAUUUUAAAUCGGCUAUGAAAAACUGUGUUUUUGAAAUAUCCACCAUCUUUGAAAAUUGGGACAAAAACUCAAAAUUGGCAAAUAAUAUUUAAAAUCUUAAAAAUGGAAUUAUUUUCGCCAAAGGCCAAAAUUUUGACAGAAAUUAAUUUUUGUGAAUCGGUCACUUUUAGAUUCUAAAGUUGCAAAAUCCGCCACAAUUUAUUCCUGCUGUAAUUGCAGGAAACAAUAUAUAUAUAUAUAUAUAUAUUGUCCAACCCAUGCUAGCAUGGAAAACGGACGUUAAGCCGAGAAUGAUGAUGAUGAUGUGCAAUAUUAUGCAAUUUUUACAUCUAUGGCAACAGGGGCACGAAGGCAUGGAGAAUUAGUGUCUACUGAAUCAAAAUGUAUUCAUUCAAGAUGACAGAGAGAGUUGUGUGCACUAGUACGAGCUUUAAAAGCAGUUUCACAAACAAAAUAAAUAAUCACAAAUGCAUAAAACAUGCUACACAAAUAUCAGGGUGCGAAAUUGGCCAGACGACUUCGAUUUUAACUGUAAAAUACGAUCGUUUUAUCGAAUGUAUCUCUCCUGUCUCUGGACCCAAAGCGAUAUUUUUUUCUGCCAUGGAUAUUAACGUCGAAAAGAUCAACCCCCAUCCUCCUAACCUCGAAUCGAUACAGGAGAGAUAUAUUUGAUAAAACGAUCGUAUUUUACAGUGCCUGGAUCUUGUCUAUUUACGAGCGGAAGAGAGGGGAACCUUCCAUGUAGCAUCAAACAAACUACAUUUGGUCAGAAUGUACUUCCGUCAUCAUGAUGGCAGAGCGUGCUGGUGGAGGUGGGGGUUUUCAAAGUAACGUUGAAUCAACGCUUAGUUUGGCAAUGUGAGCAUAUGAAUGCCUACCCUAAACGAAGAUGGCAAAUUUUUUUGCCCGCCCAUCACAUUUUCAUAUGCAAAAAUGACACGAACCGAACAUUUUAUUGAUGUCGGCUUUAGCAGUUAGUAGGUCAUUAACUAGCUAUAUUUCAGUUAGUAUAUAGCUAGCUAGCUUAUUAUAUGCAGUGCGACUGGCAAAAAUUAGAAACCUGUUGAGGUUUUUGGAUACUUAAAUGCAUUAACGGUAGCUACCUAAUAGCUAGCUAGCUAUAAAACAAUAAAUAGAUAAGUAGAAUAACUUGUCUUGAAAAUGGUCAACGAACAACAAAACCAGUUAGAUCUUCAGUGUACUACCAGUCGGACAGCCAAAACCGGAAAUAUAUUUUGUUUUAUAUAUAUUUUAGCUGUAUUUCAGAUCUGAUCAAAUCAGUUUCUUUCUUUUAAAAUGUCGUUUGGUUCUUGAAACUUAUGAUUCCUGCAUCCUGAUUGGCUGAUGAGUGGAAAACGGCCUUUGGAUUAAGUAGGUGGUAAUAAGGUGGUCGGGAAGCUGACUAGGGACGGACAGAAUAACACACGAACACAAAAAGGCAAACUGAAAUGAAAGAUCAGCUACCUGACGGCGCUGACGAAAUAUGGGGUACAAAAUUUAUUAAACCUUUUGAAAGAGUCCAUGAACAGGAGAAAACAAAUUAAAUGCAUUAGUAAAUCAAUUAUUUGAUAUAAGAAUAAAUUUGAAGGAUAUAUCAUAUCUAUUUUGUAAUAACAUUGAACAGACAGUGAAUCUUUCCCCUUCGUAAGACAUGGCUUAGGUAAUGCGUCUGGCAAACGAUAUAACUUGUAGGAUACUAUUGAAACCUUUGACUCUGCCUUGCUUUUGCUUGUUUCUUUUUUCUUUGUGCCUGAAAAAAAUAACUCUUAUCAACUACAUUUCCAUUUAGACAAGUUUUCUUUUCCUUUUUAUUGGUAGAGAAGGUUAAUUUUUUAUAAAAAUUUGUAUAUUAAAAGUACAGAGUACACUAAAAGUUUUAGCUAGAUUUUUGAGACACACUAAUAUCAAAAUAAAAGAAACAAAUUAGAUAAUAAACACAACUUGCAGUUGGAAUUGUAUGUAGCGAUACAACUGUUUCUGUCACACGCAGACUUUAUUGGUAUUUUUAUCUGUUGUAAUACCGUUUAGAUAUAGUAAUAAAUACUUCUCAGUAAUCAUUGUGAUAUCUUUUUAUCUAUCAAUAAAACAACCAACUCUUGGAGAUAGGUAGUUUUUAAGUCGAACCUAGAUGGCAUUGCUAAAACACAAAAGCUUAUCUAACUUCUUCAGAUUUAAAGACAUGUUGCCCAAAGAAUUAAAGUCAGGCGUCAUUUACAAAUUUAAAUAAGUGGCUGCAACGCCACUUAUUUAAGUGAGACGUCGCGUCAUCUUAAGGUUCGGGCAAGCGAGCACCUCGGAGUGUCUCCCUUAACAGGUAAGAAAUCAACCUCAUCUAAUUGCACGGCAAUUAAAGAUCAUCUUAAAGCCUGUCACACCACAUCUCUUGACGAUUUUAGUAUACUCUCUAGGGGUAACAACCGGUAUUUGCUAGAGAUUAAAGAGAGUUUGUUCAUAAUGCGGGAUAGUCCCCAGUUGAAUAACAACAUUAGAUCCGCUCCAUUGUAUUUAUACAAUUAGUAUUUAAUCUGUAACUAUGGUUGCUGUUAAACUUGUAUAUAUUUAGGAGAACAUUGUACGUUUUUGAUUGCUUGAAAAUGGGUGUGUGAACAUCCGAAACGUCGCAAAUAAUGUAGUUUUUUUGUUGUCAAAGCAAAUAGGCUUAAAAUAUUUCCUUACAUCAUUCACACUUGUUGCCACUAUCUUUAAAUAUUCGAAUACAACAUCGUCAUUAACGCUAUCCUUCAAUGCUUCUUUCAGUUGGUAGGUUCGCAUUUUUGUUUUACAGGUGCCCAGCAUGGAUAUUAUAAUAUUAUUCCCAGGUUGCGCUUUCAACUUUGCGAAAACUAUAUGCCAAUUAAAAAUUAAAGUACAUUUUUACAAGAUAAGAACUAAUCUAUAGACUUACUGUCAUUUGUACUAGCAUUGACUUAACGCUAAUUUCGUUUGCUAAUUACUCGUUAAAUCUUGCUAGGUAACCUCUGAACAACCUACGGUUACCCAAUUGUUACCCAAUCAUUACUCGUUGGUUACUCGUUGCUCCAAAACUUCUACAGCUUCAACACGUUUUGACAUGGAACCAGUUGUUUUGUCGAUAACUCUCGAAGGAUAAUUCAAAAGUUUUCUCUUUACACAACGACAGAAUUGCGCAUAUGUUUCUUUCUCCAGUCUUCUUUCCAAGGCAUCUUUUUUAAGCUGGAUAUUAGCCAAAUGAAAGACGAUUUCAAUGGGGAUAAGGUCGGGUGAACGAGCUGGAAUCUUAAGAAGUCUGCACCCUGUGUUGUUGACAUUAUAAAAACCGUCGCUGAGGUUUUUAAUCCAUACACAGGGUUUCUUAAAAUGGUUUUAUUCUUAAUGUGGAGAGAAUUUAAAUCUUAAUUUAUAAUUAGGAACACAAUGGGAACAUUCUUUCGAUUGAUUGAAUGAAACUGUUGGAAGUGACAUGGAGGGGAACUUGUUUUAGCACAUUUACGGCAGAAAAUGUCAUUCAAGGUAUCUAAGUAAUAGUUAAUUGAAAUAUUUUUAAUUCUUUGAAGCAAAAUAUCACCAAGCAAUAGAUUUGCAAAAACUGGAUGUGAGACAUUAUUCGUCCCAAGUUUUAUGACAUACAACUCAACACAAGGGAAGUUAUAGGAGUAGAUGAUUUUUGCCCUAUCCCCUCCACCACCACUAUACUCGCCACCUACACCCGGAAUGGUGAUUUCUGUGUAUUUUUUAUCAGUGCCCUUUUUGUUUUGUUUAAAGGGGCGCAUAGUAAAAAUAACAUUAUACUAGGACCCUUUAUUUAAAAAUGUUUCAUUCUGUAAAAACUUAACUGUUCGCCUGCAGGAUAAUCACCAAAAUAAGUUAGCAAAUUUUGGACGUUUUUUGUAUAAAAAAUCCUUGUGCCAUGUUGCUGCUUUCCAUGACUGUCGAUCAUUGCGACAUUUCCAUCUUCGAAAACGACUAAGCAAACAGCCAAGUUUCGAACAAUGACGACAUGAGGUAAAGAAUUGUUGCUUUCGGAAAAUAAGCUUCCAAGAUAAGCCUCAAAUUUAUCAAAACCAACUCCUUGUGUGAAGAUUGCGUAUUCCUUCAUAUCAAUUUCCAUAUUGACAUCCUCGGGGAAAGUAGAAAUUGUCUCGAGAAUAUGAGGGAGCCCACGCAUGAAUGAACUAUUGUACAGGUAAUUUCCGAUUUCCAUGCACCCACAAAUAAAAGGCAGGAAUAUUUCAACGUAGGGUUGUUCUGAAAAAUAUUGGCAUGGCAGAUCCAUUUAUUAUAAUAUAGAUAUGUACCCAACCGUUGUUUGACCCUUGUUCCUUUUCGGACCGGCAAGGUUUCCCCAGAGUCAGCAAAACUUUAAAUGCUAGGUAUCUUCUUUUCUAAACCAAAACCAAUUUAUUAAAAUACAUUGAAAAUGAAAACAUGCUCUAGUUAUUUAACGUUGAAUGAACAUUUAAAAUUGAUGCUUAGUACCUCCCCCUUAAAGCAGCUUUCUCACAAUGGCAUCUCGAAACUCAAUGACUUCUUUUUUGUUGAACUCAACUGGGAUUUGCUGAUUGCGCAUAAUCCACUCAGCCAACUAGAUACAGCGAAAUUUUAACUUUUUUUAUUUUCGGAACUUACAUAACAUCCUUUAAAAUUAUCACAGUAACUUUAUUUACCUUUGCGCAAAAUAUCCCACAAGAUACACUGUCUUGUUAUUUCGCGUGGGGAAUCAUUUGUAGAGGCCAUAGUUUUUGUGAAAAAGAUGAUGUAACUUUUUGUAAACAAGAAAUAAAAAUUCUCUCAAUAAUAGUUAGCACCAAAAAAAUUAUCUUUUUUAUUUAAAGUAAAGUAUUCCUAAUAAUUUUUUUUAAAGUACCUUUAAGUACAUAUUUUCUUAUCAGAUAGGUGCUAAGAUAAUAAACGAAACCAUGAGUUGGAAAUUAGGAAAUAUAUUUAAACUAAUUGAAAUAAUUGAUGGACUAUCAUACCGCCUAUUACACUUACUUCCAUUUAUUUAGCACGCCAUUCAACGCAUCAACUUCUUCACCCAUAGGAUUAAGAUAGCAAAUCAUAACUCAUUUUCUCUUUGGGGAAAACCACUAUUUGUGUCCAAUGAUAAUUAUUAAUGUUACACGAUAUCAACAUAUCGAGCACCAUCAUUUCUUCCUGAAAGAAUUAGCGUGAAAAAAUUUAAAAGUUAUUUAAGGCACCUUGCUAAUAUGAUCGUUAGUAUAUUACACAAUAAAUUUAUACAUAUGAUAUCUCGCGUGGCCUCUGGUAGAUACGUUUCAUCUGUGAUCAAUUCUGUGGGCGAACUAACUUUAAUGUUUUUCUGAAACUAAUUUUAAAUCUCUGCAUUAUUAUCCAAUUAAAUAAAGCAAAUAGGCUUAAAAUAUUUCCUAACAUCAUUCACACUUGUUGCCACUAUCUUUAAAUAUUCGAAUACAACAUCGUCACCAACGCUAUCCUACAAUGCUUCUUUCAGUUGGUAGGUUCGCAUUUUUUGUUUUACAGGUGCCCAGCAUGGAUAGUAUAAUAUUAUUCCCAGGUUGCGCUUUCAACUUUGCGAAAACUAUAUGCCAAUUAAAAAUUGAAGUACAUUUUUACAAGAUAAGAACUAAUCUAUAGACUUACUGUCAUUUGUACUAGCAUUGACUUAACGCUAAUUUCGUUUGCUAAUUCUCGUUAAAUCUUGCUAGGUAACCUCUGAACAACCUAGGGUUACCCAAUUGUUACCCAAUGAUUACUCGUUGGUUACUCGUUGCUCCAAAACUUCCAUAGCUUUACAAGGUCUUUCACACGUCCUUUACCUUUAUGACCUUGUCAAAACGUUUCGACAUGGAACCAAUUGUUUUGUCCAUAAUUCUUGAAGGAAAAUUCGAAAGUUUUCUCUUUACACGACGACAGAAUUGCGCAUAUGUUUCUUUCUCCAGUCUUCUUUCCAAGGCAUCUUUUUUAAGCUGGAUAUUAGCCAAAUGAAAGACGAUUUCAAUGGGGAUAAGGUCGGGUGAACGAGCUGGAAUCUUAAGAAGUCUGCACCCUGUGUUGUUGACAUUAUAAAAACCGUCGCUGAGGUUUUUAAUCCAUACACAGGGUUUCUUAAAAUGGUUUUAUUCUUAAUGUGGAGAGAAUUUAAAUCUUAAUUUAUAAUUAGGAACACAAUGGGAACAUUCUUUCGAUUGAUUGAAUGAAACUGUUGGAAGUGACAUGGAGGGGAACUUGUUUUAGCACAUUUACGCCAGAAAAUGUCAUUCAAGGUAUCUAAGUAAUAGUUAAUUGAAAUAUUUUUAAUUCUUUGAAGCAAAAUAUCACCAAGCAAUAGAUUUGCAAAAACUGGAUGUGAGACAUUAUUCGUCUCAAGUUUUAUGACAUACAACUCAACACAAGGGAAGUUAUAGGAGUAGAUGAUUUUUGCCCUAUCCCCUCCACCACCACUAUACUCGCCCCCUACACCCAGAUUGGUGAUUUCUGUGUAUUUUUUAUCAGUGCCCUUUUUGUUUUGUUUAAAGGGGCGCAUAGUAAAAAUAACAUUAUGCUAGGACCCUUUAUUUAAAAAUGUUUCAUUCUGUAAAAACUUAACUGUUCGCCUGCAGGAUAAUCACCAAAAUAAGUUAGCAAAUUUUGGACGUUUUUUGUAUAAAAAAUCCUUGUGCCAUGUUGCUGCUUUCCAUGACUGUCGAUCAUUGCGACAUUUCCAUCUUCGAAAACGACUAAGCAAACAGCCAUGUUUCGAACAAUGACGACAUGAGGUAAAGAAUUGUUGCUUUCGGAAAAUAAGCUUCCAAGAUAAGCCUCAAAUUUAUCAAAACCAACUCCUUGUGUGAAGAUUGCGUAUUCCUUCAUAUCAAUUUCCAUAUUGACAUCCUCGGGGAAAGUAGAAAUUGCCUCGAGAAUAUGAGGGAGCCCACACAUAAAUGAACUAUUGUACAGGUAAUUUCCGAUUUCCAUGCACCCACAAAUAAAAGGCAGGAAUAUUUCAACGUAGGGUUGUUCUGAAAAAUAUUGGCAUGGCAGAUCCAUUUAUUAUAAUAUAGAUAUGUACCCAACCGUUGUUUGACCCUUGUUCCUUUUCGGACCGGCAAGGUUUCCCCAGAGUCAGCAAAACUUUAAAUGCUAGGUAUCUUCUUUUCUAAACCAAAACCAAUUUAUUAAAAUACAUUGAAAAUGAAAACAUGCUCUAGUUAUUUAACGUUGAAUGAACAUUUAAAAUUGAUGCUUAGUACCUCCCCCUUAAAGCAGCUUUCUCACAAUGGCAUCUCGAAACUCAAUGACUUCUUUUUUGUUGAACUCAACUGGGAUUUGCUGAUUGCGCAUAAUCCACUCAGCCAACUAGAUACAGCGAAAUUUUAACUUUUUUUAUUUUCGGAACUUACAUAACAUCCUUUAAAAUUAUCACAGUAACUUUAUUUACCUUUGCGCAAAAUAUCCCACAAGAUACACUGUCUUGUUAUUUCGCGUGGGGAAUCAUUUGUAGAGGCCAUAGUUUUUGUGAAAAAGAUGAUGUAACUUUUUGUAAACAAGAAAUAAAAAUUCUCUCAAUAAUAGUUAGCACCAAAAAAAUUAUCUUUUUUAUUUAAAGUAAAGUAUUCCUAAUAAUUUUUUUUAAAGUACCUUUAAGUACAUAUUUUCUUAUCAGAUAGGUGCUAAGAUAAUAAACGAAACCAUGAGUUGGAAAUUAGGAAAUAUAUUUAAACUAAUUGAAAUAAUUGAUGGACUAUCAUACCGCCUAUUACACUUACUUCCAUUUAUUUAGCACGCCAUUCAACGCAUCAACUUCUUCACCCAUAGGAUUAAGAUAGCAAAUCAUAACUCAUUUUCUCUUUGGGGAAAACCACUAUUUGUGUCCAAUGAUAAUUAUUAAUGUUACACGAUAUCAACAUAUCGAGCACCAUCAUUUCUUCCUGAAAGAAUUAGCGUGAAAAAAUUUAAAAGUUAUUUAAGGCACCUUGCUAAUAUGAUCGUUAGUAUAUUACACAAUAAAUUUAUACAUAUGAUAUCUCGCGUGGCCUCUGGUAGAUACGUUUCAUCUGUGAUCAAUUCUGUGGGCGAACUAACUUCAAUGUUUUUCUGAAACUAAUUUUAAAUCUCUGCAUUAUUAUCCAAUUAAAUAAAGCAAAUAGGCUUAAAAUAUUUCCUAACAUCAUUCACACUUGUUGCCACUAUCUUUAAAUAUUCGAAUACAACAUCGUCACCAACGCUAUCCUACAAUGCUUCUUUCAGUUGGUAGGUUCGCAUUUUUUGUUUUACAGGUGCCCAGCAUGGAUAGUAUAAUAUUAUUCCCAGGUUGCGCUUUCAACUUUGCGAAAACUAUAUGCCAAUUAAAAAUUGAAGUACAUUUUUACAAGAUAAGAACUAAUCUAUAGACUUACUGUCAUUUGUACUAGCAUUGACUUAACGCUAAUUUCGUUUGCUAAUUCUCGUUAAAUCUUGCUAGGUAACCUCUGAACAACCUAGGGUUACCCAAUUGUUACCCAAUGAUUACUCGUUGGUUACUCGUUGCUCCAAAACUUCUACAGCUUCAACACGUUUUGACAUGGAACCAGUUGUUUUGUCGAUAACUCUCGAAGGAUAAUUCAAAAGUUUUCUCUUUACACAACGACAGAAUUGCGCAUAUGUUUCUUUCUCCAGUCUUCUUUCCAAGGCAUCUUUUUUAAGCUGGAUAUUAGCCAAAUGAAAGACGAUUUCAAUGGGGAUAAGGUCGGGUGAACGAGCUGGAAUCUUAAGAAGUCUGCACCCUGUGUUGUUGACAUUAUAAAAACCGUCGCUGAGGUUUUUAAUCCAUACACAGGGUUUCUUAAAAUGGUUUUAUUCUUAAUGUGGAGAGAAUUUAAAUCUUAAUUUAUAAUUAGGAACACAAUGGGAACACUCUUUCGAUUGAUUGAAUGAAACUGUUGGAAGUGACAUGGAGGGGAACUUGUUUUAGCACAUUUACGCCAGAAAAUGUCAUUCAAGGUAUCUAAGUAAUAGUUAAUUGAAAUAUUUUUAAUUCUUUGAAGCAAAAUAUCACCAAGCAAUAGAUUUGCAAAAACUGGAUGUGAGACAUUAUUCGUCCCAAGUUUUAUGACAUACAACUCAACACAAGGGAAGUUAUAGGAGUAGAUGAUUUUUGCCCUAUCCCCUCCACCACCACUAUACUCGCCACCUACACCCGGAAUGGUGAUUUCUGUGUAUUUUUUAUCAGUGCCCUUUUUGUUUUGUUUAAAGGGGCGCAUAGUAAAAAUAACAUUAUACUAGGACCCUUUAUUUAAAAAUGUUUCAUUCUGUAAAAACUUAACUGUUCGCCUGCAGGAUAAUCACCAAAAUAAGUUAGCAAAUUUUGGACGUUUUUUGUAUAAAAAAUCCUUGUGCCAUGUUGCUGCUUUCCAUGACUGUCGAUCAUUGCGACAUUUCCAUCUUCGAAAACGACUAAGCAAACAGCCAAGUUUCGAACAAUGACGACAUGAGGUAAAGAAUUGUUGCUUUCGGAAAAUAAGCUUCCAAGAUAAGCCUCAAAUUUAUCAAAACCAACUCCUUGUGUGAAGAUUGCGUAUUCCUUCAUAUCAAUUUCCAUAUUGACAUCCUCGGGGAAAGUAGAAAUUGCCUCGAGAAUAUGAGGGAGCCCACGCAUGAAUGAACUAUUGUACAGGUAAUUUCCGAUUUCCAUGCACCCACAAAUAAAAGGCAGGAAUAUUUCAACGUAGGGUUGUUCUGAAAAAUAUUGGCAUGGCAGAUCCAUUUAUUAUAAUAUAGAUAUGUACCCAACCGUUGUUUGACCCUUGUUCCUUUUCGGACCGGCAAGGUUUCCCCAGAGUCAGCAAAACUUUAAAUGCUAGGUAUCUUCUUUUCUAAACCAAAACCAAUUUAUUAAAAUACAUUGAAAAUGAAAACAUGCUCUAGUUAUUUAACGUUGAAUGAACAUUUAAAAUUGAUGCUUAGUACCUCCCCCUUAAAGCAGCUUUCUCACAAUGGCAUCUCGAAACUCAAUGACUUCUUUUUUGUUGAACUCAACUGGGAUUUGCUGAUUGCGCAUAAUCCACUCAGCCAACUAGAUACAGCGAAAUUUUAACUCUUUUUAUUUUCGGAACUUACAUAACAUCCUUUAAAAUUAUCACAGUAACUUUAUUUACCUUUGCGCAAAAUAUCCCACAAGAUACACUGUCUUGUUAUUUCGCGUGGGGAAUCAUUUGUAGAGGCCAUAGUUUUUGUGAAAAAGAUGAUGUAACUUUUUGUAAACAAGAAAUAAAAAUUCUCUCAAUAAUAGUUAGCACCAAAAAAAUUAUCUUUUUUAUUUAAAGUAAAGUAUUCCUAAUAAUUUUUUUUAAAGUACCUUUAAGUACAUAUUUUCUUAUCAGAUAGGUGCUAAGAUAAUAAACGAAACCAUGAGUUGGAAAUUAGGAAAUAUAUUUAAACUAAUUGAAAUAAUUGAUGGACUAUCAUACCGCCUAUUACACUUACUUCCAUUUAUUUAGCACGCCAUUCAACGCAUCAACUUCUUCACCCAUAGGAUUAAGAUAGCAAAUCAUAACUCAUUUUCUCUUUGGGGAAAACCACUAUUUGUGUCCAAUGAUAAUUAUUAAUGUUACACGAUAUCAACAUAUCGAGCACCAUCAUUUCUUCCUGAAAGAAUUAGCAUGAAAAAAUUUAAAAGUUAUUUAAGGCACCUUGCUAAUAUGAUCGUUAGUAUAUUACACAAUAAAUUUAUACAUAUGAUAUCUCGCGUGGCCUCUGGUAGAUACGUUUCAUCUGUGAUCAAUUCUGUGGGCGAACUAACUUUAAUGUUUUUCUGAAACUAAUUUUAAAUCUCUGCAUUAUUAUCCAAUUAAAUAAAGCAAAUAGGCUUAAAAUAUUUCCUAACAUCAUUCACACUUGUUGCCACUAUCUUUAAAUAUUCGAAUACAACAUCGUCACCAACGCUAUCCUACAAUGCUUCUUUCAGUUGGUAGGUUCGCAUUUUUUGUUUUACAGGUGCCCAGCAUGGAUAGUAUAAUAUUAUUCCCAGGUUGCGCUUUCAACUUUGCGAAAACUAUAUGCCAAUUAAAAAUUGAAGUACAUUUUUACAAGAUAAGAACUAAUCUAUAGACUUACUGUCAUUUGUACUAGCAUUGACUUAACGCUAAUUUCGUUUGCUAAUUCUCGUUAAAUCUUGCUAGGUAACCUCUGAACAACCUAGGGUUACCCAAUUGUUACUCGUUGGUUACUCGUUGCUCCAAAACUUCCAUAGCUUUACAAGGUCUUUCACACGUCCUUUACCUUUAUGACCUUGUCAAAACGUUUCGACAUGGAACCAAUUGUUUUGUCCAUAAUUCUUGAAGGAAAAUUCGAAAGUUUUCUCUUUACACGACGACAGAAUUGCGCAUAUGUUUCUUUCUCCAGUCUUCUUUCCAAGGCAUCUUUUUUAAGCUGGAUAUUAGCCAAAUGAAAGACGAUUUCAAUGGGGAUAAGGUCGGGUGAACGAGCUGGAAUCUUAAGAAGUCUGCACCCUGUGUUGUUGACAUUAUAAAAACCGUCGCUGAGGUUUUUAAUCCAUACACAGGGUUUCUUAAAAUGGUUUUAUUCUUAAUGUGGAGAGAAUUUAAAUCUUAAUUUAUAAUUAGGAACACAAUGGGAACAUUCUUUCGAUUGAUUGAAUGAAACUGUUGGAAGUGACAUGGAGGGGAACUUGUUUUAGCACAUUUACGCCAGAAAAUGUCAUUCAAGGUAUCUAAGUAAUAGUUAAUUGAAAUAUUUUUAAUUCUUUGAAGCAAAAUAUCACCAAGCAAUAGAUUUGCAAAAACUGGAUGUGAGACAUUAUUCGUCCCAAGUUUUAUGACAUACAACUCAACACAAGGGAAGUUAUAGGAGUAGAUGAUUUUUGCCCUAUCCCCUCCACCACCACUAUACUCGCCACCUACACCCGGAAUGGUGAUUUCUGUGUAUUUUUUAUCAGUGCCCUUUUUGUUUUGUUUAAAGGGGCGCAUAGUAAAAAUAACAUUAUACUAGGACCCUUUAUUUAAAAAUGUUUCAUUCUGUAAAAACUUAACUGUUCGCCUGCAGGAUAAUCACCAAAAUAAGUUAGCAAAUUUUGGACGUUUUUUGUAUAAAAAAUCCUUGUGCCAUGUUGCUGCUUUCCAUGACUGUCGAUCAUUGCGACAUUUCCAUCUUCGAAAACGACUAAGCAAACAGCCAAGUUUCGAACAAUGACGACAUGAGGUAAAGAAUUGUUGCUUUCGGAAAAUAAGCUUCCAAGAUAAGCCUCAAAUUUAUCAAAACCAACUCCUUGUGUGAAGAUUGCGUAUUCCUUCAUAUCAAUUUCCAUAUUGACAUCCUCGGGGAAAGUAGAAAUUGCCUCGAGAAUAUGAGGGAGCCCACGCAUGAAUGAACUAUUGUACAGGUAAUUUCCGAUUUCCAUGCACCCACAAAUAAAAGGCAGGAAUAUUUCAACGUAGGGUUGUUCUGAAAAAUAUUGGCAUGGCAGAUCCAUUUAUUAUAAUAUAGAUAUGUACCCAACCGUUGUUUGACCCUUGUUCCUUUUCGGACCGGCAAGGUUUCCCCAGAGUCAGCAAAACUUUAAAUGCUAGGUAUCUUCUUUUCUAAACCAAAACCAAUUUAUUAAAAUACAUUGAAAAUGAAAACAUGCUCUAGUUAUUUAACGUUGAAUGAACAUUUAAAAUUGAUGCUUAGUACCUCCCCCUUAAAGCAGCUUUCUCACAAUGGCAUCUCGAAACUCAAUGACUUCUUUUUUGUUGAACUCAACUGGGAUUUGCUGAUUGCGCAUAAUCCACUCAGCCAACUAGAUACAGCGAAAUUUUAACUUUUUUUAUUUUCGGAACUUACAUAACAUCCUUUAAAAUUAUCACAGUAACUUUAUUUACCUUUGCGCAAAAUAUCCCACAAGAUACACUGUCUUGUUAUUUCGCGUGGGGAAUCAUUUGUAGAGGCCAUAGUUUUUGUGAAAAAGAUGAUGUAACUUUUUGUAAACAAGAAAUAAAAAUUCUCUCAAUAAUAGUUAGCACCAAAAAAAUUAUCUUUUUUAUUUAAAGUAAAGUAUUCCUAAUAAUUUUUUUUAAAGUACCUUUAAGUACAUAUUUUCUUAUCAGAUAGGUGCUAAGAUAAUAAACGAAACCAUGAGUUGGAAAUUAGGAAAUAUAUUUAAACUAAUUGAAAUAAUUGAUGGACUAUCAUACCGCCUAUUACACUUACUUCCAUUUAUUUAGCACGCCAUUCAACGCAUCAACUUCUUCACCCAUAGGAUUAAGAUAGCAAAUCAUAACUCAUUUUCUCUUUGGGGAAAACCACUAUUUGUGUCCAAUGAUAAUUAUUAAUGUUACACGAUAUCAACAUAUCGAGCACCAUCAUUUCUUCCUGAAAGAAUUAGCGUGAAAAAAUUUAAAAGUUAUUUAAGGCACCUUGCUAAUAUGAUCGUUAGUAUAUUACACAAUAAAUUUAUACAUAUGAUAUCUCGCGUGGCCUCUGGUAGAUACGUUUCAUCUGUGAUCAAUUCUGUGGGCGAACUAACUUUAAUGUUUUUCUGAAACUAAUUUUAAAUCUCUGCAUUAUUAUCCAAUUAAAUAAAGCAAAUAGGCUUAAAAUAUUUCCUAACAUCAUUCACACUUGUUGCCACUAUCUUUAAAUAUUCGAAUACAACAUCGUCACCAACGCUAUCCUACAAUGCUUCUUUCAGUUGGUAGGUUCGCAUUUUUUGUUUUACAGGUGCCCAGCAUGGAUAGUAUAAUAUUAUUCCCAGGUUGCGCUUUCAACUUUGCGAAAACUAUAUGCCAAUUAAAAAUUGAAGUACAUUUUUACAAGAUAAGAACUAAUCUAUAGACUUACUGUCAUUUGUACUAGCAUUGACUUAACGCUAAUUUCGUUUGCUAAUUCUCGUUAAAUCUUGCUAGGUAACCUCUGAACAACCUAGGAUUACCCAAUGAUUACUCGUUGGUUACUCGUUGCUCCAAAACUUCCAUAGCUUUACAAGGUCUUUCACACGUCCUUUACCUUUAUGACCUUGUCAAAACGUUUCGACAUGGAACCAAUUGUUUUGUCCAUAAUUCUUGAAGGAAAAUUCGAAAGUUUUCUCUUUACACGACGACAGAAUUGCGCAUAUGUUUCUUUCUCCAGUCUUCUUUCCAAGGCAUCUUUUUUAAGCUGGAUAUUAGCCAAAUGAAAGACGAUUUCAAUGGGGAUAAGGUCGGGUGAACGAGCUGGAAUCUUAAGAAGUCUGCACCCUGUGUUGUUGACAUUAUAAAAACCGUCGCUGAGGUUUUUAAUCCAUACACAGGGUUUCUUAAAAUGGUUUUAUUCUUAAUGUGGAGAGAAUUUAAAUCUUAAUUUAUAAUUAGGAACACAAUGGGAACAUUCUUUCGAUUGAUUGAAUGAAACUGUUGGAAGUGACAUGGAGGGGAACUUGUUUUAGCACAUUUACGCCAGAAAAUGUCAUUCAAGGUAUCUAAGUAAUAGUUAAUUGAAAUAUUUUUAAUUCUUUGAAGCAAAAUAUCACCAAGCAAUAGAUUUGCAAAAACUGGAUGUGAGACAUUAUUCGUCUCAAGUUUUAUGACAUACAACUCAACACAAGGGAAGUUAUAGGAGUAGAUGAUUUUUGCCCUAUCCCCUCCACCACCACUAUACUCGCCCCCUACACCCGGAAUGGUGAUUUCUGUGUAUUUUUUAUCAGUGCCCUUUUUGUUUUGUUUAAAGGGGUGCAUAGUAAAAAUAACAUUAUGCUAGGACCCUUUAUUUAAAAAUGUUUCAUUCUGUAAAAACUUAACUGUUCGCCUGCAGGAUAAUCACCAAAAUAAGUUAGCAAAUUUUGGACGUUUUUUGUAUAAAAAAUCCUUGUGCCAUGUUGCUGCUUUCCAUGACUGUCGAUCAUUGCGACAUUUCCAUCUUCGAAAACGACUAAGCAAACAGCCAUGUUUCGAACAAUGACGACAUGAGGUAAAGAAUUGUUGCUUUCGGAAAAUAAGCUUCCAAGAUAAGCCUCAAAUUUAUCAAAACCAACUCCUUGUGUGAAGAUUGCGUAUUCCUUCAUAUCAAUUUCCAUAUUGACAUCCUCGGGGAAAGUAGAAAUUGCCUCGAGAAUAUGAGGGAGCCCACGCAUGAAUGAACUAUUGUACAGGUAAUUUCCGAUUUCCAUGCACCCACAAAUAAAAGGCAGGAAUAUUUCAACGUAGGGUUGUUCUGAAAAAUAUUGGCAUGGCAGAUCCAUUUAUUAUAAUAUAGAUAUGUACCCAACCGUUGUUUGACCCUUGUUCCUUUUCGGACCGGCAAGGUUUCCCCAGAGUCAGCAAAACUUUAAAUGCUAGGUAUCUUCUUUUCUAAACCAAAACCAAUUUAUUAAAAUACAUUGAAAAUGAAAACAUGCUCUAGUUAUUUAACGUUGAAUGAACAUUUAAAAUUGAUGCUUAGUACCUCCCCCUUAAAGCAGCUUUCUCACAAUGGCAUCUCGAAACUCAAUGACUUCUUUUUUGUUGAACUCAACUGGGAUUUGCUGAUUGCGCAUAAUCCACUCAGCCAACUAGAUACAGCGAAAUUUUAACUUUUUUUAUUUUCGGAACUUACAUAACAUCCUUUAAAAUUAUCACAGUAACUUUAUUUACCUUUGCGCAAAAUAUCCCACAAGAUACACUGUCUUGUUAUUUCGCGUGGGGAAUCAUUUGUAGAGGCCAUAGUUUUUGUGAAAAAGAUGAUGUAACUUUUUGUAAACAAGAAAUAAAAAUUCUCUCAAUAAUAGUUAGCACCAAAAAAAUUAUCUUUUUUAUUUAAAGUAAAGUAUUCCUAAUAAUUUUUUUUAAAGUACCUUUAAGUACAUAUUUUCUUAUCAGAUAGGUGCUAAGAUAAUAAACGAAACCAUGAGUUGGAAAUUAGGAAAUAUAUUUAAACUAAUUGAAAUAAUUGAUGGACUAUCAUACCGCCUAUUACACUUACUUCCAUUUAUUUAGCACGCCAUUCAACGCAUCAACUUCUUCACCCAUAGGAUUAAGAUAGCAAAUCAUAACUCAUUUUCUCUUUGGGGAAAACCACUAUUUGUGUCCAAUGAUAAUUAUUAAUGUUACACGAUAUCAACAUAUCGAGCACCAUCAUUUCUUCCUGAAAGAAUUAGCGUGAAAAAAUUUAAAAGUUAUUUAAGGCACCUUGCUAAUAUGAUCGUUAGUAUAUUACACAAUAAAUUUAUACAUAUGAUAUCUCGCGUGGCCUCUGGUAGAUACGUUUCAUCUGUGAUCAAUUCUGUGGGCGAACUAACUUUAAUGUUUUUCUGAAACUAAUUUUAAAUCUCUGCAUUAUUAUCCAAUUAAAUAAAGCAAAUAGGCUUAAAAUAUUUCCUAACAUCAUUCACACUUGUUGCCACUAUCUUUAAAUAUUCGAAUACAACAUCGUCACCAACGCUAUCCUACAAUGCUUCUUUCAGUUGGUAGGUUCGCAUUUUUUGUUUUACAGGUGCCCAGCAUGGAUAGUAUAAUAUUAUUCCCAGGUUGCGCUUUCAACUUUGCGAAAACUAUAUGCCAAUUAAAAAUUGAAGUACAUUUUUACAAGAUAAGAACUAAUCUAUAGACUUACUGUCAUUUGUACUAGCAUUGACUUAACGCUAAUUUCGUUUGCUAAUUCUCGUUAAAUCUUGCUAGGUAACCUCUGAACAACCUAGGGUUACCCAAUUGUUACCCAAUGAUUACUCGUUGGUUACUCGUUGCUCCAAAACUUCCAUAGCUUUACAAGGUCUUUCACACGUCCUUUACCUUUAUGACCUUGUCAAAACGUUUCGACAUGGAACCAAUUGUUUUGUCCAUAAUUCUUGAAGGAAAAUUCGAAAGUUUUCUCUUUACACGACGACAGAAUUGCGCAUAUGUUUCUUUCUCCAGUCUUCUUUCCAAGGCAUCUUUUUUAAGCUGGAUAUUAGCCAAAUGAAAGACGAUUUCAAUGGGGAUAAGGUCGGGUGAACGAGCUGGAAUCUUAAGAAGUCUGCACCCUGUGUUGUUGACAUUAUAAAAACCGUCGCUGAGGUUUUUAAUCCAUACACAGGGUUUCUUAAAAUGGUUUUAUUCUUAAUGUGGAGAGAAUUUAAAUCUUAAUUUAUAAUUAGGAACACAAUGGGAACAUUCUUUCGAUUGAUUGAAUGAAACUGUUGGAAGUGACAUGGAGGGGAACUUGUUUUAGCACAUUUACGCCAGAAAAUGUCAUUCAAGGUAUCUAAGUAAUAGUUAAUUGAAAUAUUUUUAAUUCUUUGAAGCAAAAUAUCACCAAGCAAUAGAUUUGCAAAAACUGGAUGUGAGACAUUAUUCGUCCCAAGUUUUAUGACAUACAACUCAACACAAGGGAAGUUAUAGGAGUAGAUGAUUUUUGCCCUAUCCCCUCCACCACCACUAUACUCGCCACCUACACCCGGAAUGGUGAUUUCUGUGUAUUUUUUAUCAGUGCCCUUUUUGUUUUGUUUAAAGGGGCGCAUAGUAAAAAUAACAUUAUACUAGGACCCUUUAUUUAAAAAUGUUUCAUUCUGUAAAAACUUAAAUGUUCGCCUGCAGGAUAAUCACCAAAAUAAGUUAGCAAAUUUUGGACGUUUUUUGUAUAAAAAAUCCUUGUGCCAUGUUGCUGCUUUCCAUGACUGUCGAUCAUUGCGACAUUUCCAUCUUCGAAAACGACUAAGCAAACAGCCAAGUUUCGAACAAUGACGACAUGAGGUAAAGAAUUGUUGCUUUCGGAAAAUAAGCUUCCAAGAUAAGCCUCAAAUUUAUCAAAACCAACUCCUUGUGUGAAGAUUGCGUAUUCCUUCAUAUCAAUUUCCAUAUUGACAUCCUCGGGGAAAGUAGAAAUUGCCUCGAGAAUAUGAGGGAGCCCACGCAUGAAUGAACUAUUGUACAGGUAAUUUCCGAUUUCCAUGCACCCACAAAUAAAAGGCAGGAAUAUUUCAACGUAGGGUUGUUCUGAAAAAUAUUGGCAUGGCAGAUCCAUUUAUUAUAAUAUAGAUAUGUACCCAACCGUUGUUUGACCCUUGUUCCUUUUCGGACCGGCAAGGUUUCCCCAGAGUCAGCAAAACUUUAAAUGCUAGGUAUCUUCUUUUCUAAACCAAAACCAAUUUAUUAAAAUACAUUGAAAAUGAAAACAUGCUCUAGUUAUUUAACGUUGAAUGAACAUUUAAAAUUGAUGCUUAGUACCUCCCCCUUAAAGCAGCUUUCUCACAAUGGCAUCUCGAAACUCAAUGACUUCUUUUUUGUUGAACUCAACUGGGAUUUGCUGAUUGCGCAUAAUCCACUCAGCCAACUAGAUACAGCGAAAUUUUAACUUUUUUUAUUUUCGGAACUUACAUAACAUCCUUUAAAAUUAUCACAGUAACUUUAUUUACCUUUGCGCAAAAUAUCCCACAAGAUACACUGUCUUGUUAUUUCGCGUGGGGAAUCAUUUGUAGAGGCCAUAGUUUUUGUGAAAAAGAUGAUGUAACUUUUUGUAAACAAGAAAUAAAAAUUCUCUCAAUAAUAGUUAGCACCAAAAAAAUUAUCUUUUUUAUUUAAAGUAAAGUAUUCCUAAUAAUUUUUUUUAAAGUACCUUUAAGUACAUAUUUUCUUAUCAGAUAGGUGCUAAGAUAAUAAACGAAACCAUGAGUUGGAAAUUAGGAAAUAUAUUUAAACUAAUUGAAAUAAUUGAUGGACUAUCAUACCGCCUAUUACACUUACUUCCAUUUAUUUAGCACGCCAUUCAACGCAUCAACUUCUUCACCCAUAGGAUUAAGAUAGCAAAUCAUAACUCAUUUUCUCUUUGGGGAAAACCACUAUUUGUGUCCAAUGAUAAUUAUUAAUGUUACACGAUAUCAACAUAUCGAGCACCAUCAUUUCUUCCUGAAAGAAUUAGCGUGAAAAAAUUUAAAAGUUAUUUAAGGCACCUUGCUAAUAUGAUCGUUAGUAUAUUACACAAUAAAUUUAUACAUAUGAUAUCUCGCGUGGCCUCUGGUAGAUACGUUUCAUCUGUGAUCAAUUCUGUGGGCGAACUAACUUUAAUGUUUUUCUGAAACUAAUUUUAAAUCUCUGCAUUAUUAUCCAAUUAAAUAAAGCAAAUAGGCUUAAAAUAUUUCCUAACAUCAUUCACACUUGUUGCCACUAUCUUUAAAUAUUCGAAUACAACAUCGUCACCAACGCUAUCCUACAAUGCUUCUUUCAGUUGGUAGGUUCGCAUUUUUUGUUUUACAGGUGCCCAGCAUGGAUAGUAUAAUAUUAUUCCCAGGUUGCGCUUUCAACUUUGCGAAAACUAUAUGCCAAUUAAAAAUUGAAGUACAUUUUUACAAGAUAAGAACUAAUCUAUAGACUUAUUGUCAUUUGUACUAGCAUUGACUUAACGCUAAUUUCGUUUGCUAAUUCUCGUUAAAUCUUGCUAGGUAACCUCUGAACAACCUAGGAUUACCCAAUGAUUACUCGUUGGUUACUCGUUGCUCCAAAACUUCCAUAGCUUUACAAGGUCUUUCACACGUCCUUUACCUUUAUGACCUUGUCAAAACGUUUCGACAUGGAACCAAUUGUUUUGUCCAUAAUUCUUGAAGGAAAAUUCGAAAGUUUUCUCUUUACACGACGACAGAAUUGCGCAUAUGUUUCUUUCUCCAGUCUUCUUUCCAAGGCAUCUUUUUUAAGCUGGAUAUUAGCCAAAUGAAAGACGAUUUCAAUGGGGAUAAGGUCGGGUGAACGAGCUGGAAUCUUAAGAAGUCUGCACCCUGUGUUGUUGACAUUAUAAAAACCGUCGCUGAGGUUUUUAAUCCAUACACAGGGUUUCUUAAAAUGGUUUUAUUCUUAAUGUGGAGAGAAUUUAAAUCUUAAUUUAUAAUUAGGAACACAAUGGGAACAUUCUUUCGAUUGAUUGAAUGAAACUGUUGGAAGUGACAUGGAGGGGAACUUGUUUUAGCACAUUUACGCCAGAAAAUGUCAUUCAAGGUAUCUAAGUAAUAGUUAAUUGAAAUAUUUUUAAUUCUUUGAAGCAAAAUAUCACCAAGCAAUAGAUUUGCAAAAACUGGAUGUGAGACAUUAUUCGUCUCAAGUUUUAUGACAUACAACUCAACACAAGGGAAGUUAUAGGAGUAGAUGAUUUUUGCCCUAUCCCCUCCACCACCACUAUACUCGCCCCCUACACCCGGAAUGGUGAUUUCUGUGUAUUUUUUAUCAGUGCCCUUUUUGUUUUGUUUAAAGGGGUGCAUAGUAAAAAUAACAUUAUGCUAGGACCCUUUAUUUAAAAAUGUUUCAUUCUGUAAAAACUUAACUGUUCGCCUGCAGGAUAAUCACCAAAAUAAGUUAGCAAAUUUUGGACGUUUUUUGUAUAAAAAAUCCUUGUGCCAUGUUGCUGCUUUCCAUGACUGUCGAUCAUUGCGACAUUUCCAUCUUCGAAAACGACUAAGCAAACAGCCAUGUUUCGAACAAUGACGACAUGAGGUAAAGAAUUGUUGCUUUCGGAAAAUAAGCUUCCAAGAUAAGCCUCAAAUUUAUCAAAACCAACUCCUUGUGUGAAGAUUGCGUAUUCCUUCAUAUCAAUUUCCAUAUUGACAUCCUCGGGGAAAGUAGAAAUUGCCUCGAGAAUAUGAGGGAGCCCACGCAUGAAUGAACUAUUGUACAGGUAAUUUCCGAUUUCCAUGCACCCACAAAUAAAAGGCAGGAAUAUUUCAACGUAGGGUUGUUCUGAAAAAUAUUGGCAUGGCAGAUCCAUUUAUUAUAAUAUAGAUAUGUACCCAACCGUUGUUUGACCCUUGUUCCUUUUCGGACCGGCAAGGUUUCCCCAGAGUCAGCAAAACUUUAAAUGCUAGGUAUCUUCUUUUCUAAACCAAAACCAAUUUAUUAAAAUACAUUGAAAAUGAAAACAUGCUCUAGUUAUUUAACGUUGAAUGAACAUUUAAAAUUGAUGCUUAGUACCUCCCCCUUAAAGCAGCUUUCUCACAAUGGCAUCUCGAAACUCAAUGACUUCUUUUUUGUUGAACUCAACUGGGAUUUGCUGAUUGCGCAUAAUCCACUCAGCCAACUAGAUACAGCGAAAUUUUAACUUUUUUUAUUUUCGGAACUUACAUAACAUCCUUUAAAAUUAUCACAGUAACUUUAUUUACCUUUGCGCAAAAUAUCCCACAAGAUACACUGUCUUGUUAUUUCGCGUGGGGAAUCAUUUGUAGAGGCCAUAGUUUUUGUGAAAAAGAUGAUGUAACUUUUUGUAAACAAGAAAUAAAAAUUCUCUCAAUAAUAGUUAGCACCAAAAAAAUUAUCUUUUUUAUUUAAAGUAAAGUAUUCCUAAUAAUUUUUUUUAAAGUACCUUUAAGUACAUAUUUUCUUAUCAGAUAGGUGCUAAGAUAAUAAACGAAACCAUGAGUUGGAAAUUAGGAAAUAUAUUUAAACUAAUUGAAAUAAUUGAUGGACUAUCAUACCGCCUAUUACACUUACUUCCAUUUAUUUAGCACGCCAUUCAACGCAUCAACUUCUUCACCCAUAGGAUUAAGAUAGCAAAUCAUAACUCAUUUUCUCUUUGGGGAAAACCACUAUUUGUGUCCAAUGAUAAUUAUUAAUGUUACACGAUAUCAACAUAUCGAGCACCAUCAUUUCUUCCUGAAAGAAUUAGCGUGAAAAAAUUUAAAAGUUAUUUAAGGCACCUUGCUAAUAUGAUCGUUAGUAUAUUACACAAUAAAUUUAUACAUAUGAUAUCUCGCGUGGCCUCUGGUAGAUACGUUUCAUCUGUGAUCAAUUCUGUGGGCGAACUAACUUUAAUGUUUUUCUGAAACUAAUUUUAAAUCUCUGCAUUAUUAUCCAAUUAAAUAAAGCAAAUAGGCUUAAAAUAUUUCCUAACAUCAUUCACACUUGUUGCCACUAUCUUUAAAUAUUCGAAUACAACAUCGUCACCAACGCUAUCCUACAAUGCUUCUUUCAGUUGGUAGGUUCGCAUUUUUUGUUUUACAGGUGCCCAGCAUGGAUAGUAUAAUAUUAUUCCCAGGUUGCGCUUUCAACUUUGCGAAAACUAUAUGCCAAUUAAAAAUUGAAGUACAUUUUUACAAGAUAAGAACUAAUCUAUAGACUUACUGUCAUUUGUACUAGCAUUGACUUAACGCUAAUUUCGUUUGCUAAUUCUCGUUAAAUCUUGCUAGGUAACCUCUGAACAACCUAGGGUUACCCAAUUGUUACCCAAUGAUUACUCGUUGGUUACUCGUUGCUCCAAAACUUCCAUAGCUUUACAAGGUCUUUCACACGUCCUUUACCUUUAUGACCUUGUCAAAACGUUUCGACAUGGAACCAAUUGUUUUGUCCAUAAUUCUUGAAGGAAAAUUCGAAAGUUUUCUCUUUACACGACGACAGAAUUGCGCAUAUGUUUCUUUCUCCAGUCUUCUUUCCAAGGCAUCUUUUUUAAGCUGGAUAUUAGCCAAAUGAAAGACGAUUUCAAUGGGGAUAAGGUCGGGUGAACGAGCUGGAAUCUUAAGAAGUCUGCACCCUGUGUUGUUGACAUUAUAAAAACCGUCGCUGAGGUUUUUAAUCCAUACACAGGGUUUCUUAAAAUGGUUUUAUUCUUAAUGUGGAGAGAAUUUAAAUCUUAAUUUAUAAUUAGGAACACAAUGGGAACAUUCUUUCGAUUGAUUGAAUGAAACUGUUGGAAGUGACAUGGAGGGGAACUUGUUUUAGCACAUUUACGCCAGAAAAUGUCAUUCAAGGUAUCUAAGUAAUAGUUAAUUGAAAUAUUUUUAAUUCUUUGAAGCAAAAUAUCACCAAGCAAUAGAUUUGCAAAAACUGGAUGUGAGACAUUAUUCGUCUCAAGUUUUAUGACAUACAACUCAACACAAGGGAAGUUAUAGGAGUAGAUGAUUUUUGCCCUAUCCCCUCCACCACCACUAUACUCGCCCCCUACACCCGGAAUGGUGAUUUCUGUGUAUUUUUUAUCAGUGCCCUUUUUGUUUUGUUUAAAGGGGUGCAUAGUAAAAAUAACAUUAUGCUAGGACCCUUUAUUUAAAAAUGUUUCAUUCUGUAAAAACUAAACUGUUCGCCUGCAGGAUAAUCACCAAAAUAAGUUAGCAAAUUUUGGACGUUUUUUGUAUAAAAAAUCCUUGUGCCAUGUUGCUGCUUUCCAUGACUGUCGAUCAUUGCGACAUUUCCAUCUUCGAAAACGACUAAGCAAACAGCCAUGUUUCGAACAAUGACGACAUGAGGUAAAGAAUUGUUGCUUUCGGAAAAUAAGCUUCCAAGAUAAGCCUCAAAUUUAUCAAAACCAACUCCUUGUGUGAAGAUUGCGUAUUCCUUCAUAUCAAUUUCCAUAUUGACAUCCUCGGGGAAAGUAGAAAUUGCCUCGAGAAUAUGAGGGAGCCCACGCAUGAAUGAACUAUUGUACAGGUAAUUUCCGAUUUCCAUGCACCCACAAAUAAAAGGCAGGAAUAUUUCAACGUAGGGUUGUUCUGAAAAAUAUUGGCAUGGCAGAUCCAUUUAUUAUAAUAUAGAUAUGUACCCAACCGUUGUUUGACCCUUGUUCCUUUUCGGACCGGCAAGGUUUCCCCAGAGUCAGCAAAACUUUAAAUGCUAGGUAUCUUCUUUUCUAAACCAAAACCAAUUUAUUAAAAUACAUUGAAAAUGAAAACAUGCUCUAGUUAUUUAACGUUGAAUGAACAUUUAAAAUUGAUGCUUAGUACCUCCCCCUUAAAGCAGCUUUCUCACAAUGGCAUCUCGAAACUCAAUGACUUCUUUUUUGUUGAACUCAACUGGGAUUUGCUGAUUGCGCAUAAUCCACUCAGCCAACUAGAUACAGCGAAAUUUUAACUUUUUUUAUUUUCGGAACUUACAUAACAUCCUUUAAAAUUAUCACAGUAACUUUAUUUACCUUUGCGCAAAAUAUCCCACAAGAUACACUGUCUUGUUAUUUCGCGUGGGGAAUCAUUUGUAGAGGCCAUAGUUUUUGUGAAAAAGAUGAUGUAACUUUUUGUAAACAAGAAAUAAAAAUUCUCUCAAUAAUAGUUAGCACCAAAAAAAUUAUCUUUUUUAUUUAAAGUAAAGUAUUCCUAAUAAUUUUUUUUAAAGUACCUUUAAGUACAUAUUUUCUUAUCAGAUAGGUGCUAAGAUAAUAAACGAAACCAUGAGUUGGAAAUUAGGAAAUAUAUUUAAACUAAUUGAAAUAAUUGAUGGACUAUCAUACCGCCUAUUACACUUACUUCCAUUUAUUUAGCACGCCAUUCAACGCAUCAACUUCUUCACCCAUAGGAUUAAGAUAGCAAAUCAUAACUCAUUUUCUCUUUGGGGAAAACCACUAUUUGUGUCCAAUGAUAAUUAUUAAUGUUACACGAUAUCAACAUAUCGAGCACCAUCAUUUCUUCCUGAAAGAAUUAGCGUGAAAAAAUUUAAAAGUUAUUUAAGGCACCUUGCUAAUAUGAUCGUUAGUAUAUUACACAAUAAAUUUAUACAUAUGAUAUCUCGCGUGGCCUCUGGUAGAUACGUUUCAUCUGUGAUCAAUUCUGUGGGCGAACUAACUUUAAUGUUUUUCUGAAACUAAUUUUAAAUCUCUGCAUUAUUAUCCAAUUAAAUAAAGCAAAUAGGCUUAAAAUAUUUCCUAACAUCAUUCACACUUGUUGCCACUAUCUUUAAAUAUUCGAAUACAACAUCGUCACCAACGCUAUCCUACAAUGCUUCUUUCAGUUGGUAGGUUCGCAUUUUUUGUUUUACAGGUGCCCAGCAUGGAUAGUAUAAUAUUAUUCCCAGGUUGCGCUUUCAACUUUGCGAAAACUAUAUGCCAAUUAAAAAUUGAAGUACAUUUUUACAAGAUAAGAACUAAUCUAUAGACUUACUGUCAUUUGUACUAGCAUUGACUUAACGCUAAUUUCGUUUGCUAAUUCUCGUUAAAUCUUGCUAGGUAACCUCUGAACAACCUAGGGUUACCCAAUUGUUACCCAAUGAUUACUCGUUGGUUACUCGUUGCUCCAAAACUUCCAUAGCUUUACAAGGUCUUUCACACGUCCUUUACCUUUAUGACCUUGUCAAAACGUUUCGACAUGGAACCAAUUGUUUUGUCCAUAAUUCUUGAAGGAAAAUUCGAAAGUUUUCUCUUUACACGACGACAGAAUUGCGCAUAUGUUUCUUUCUCCAGUCUUCUUUCCAAGGCAUCUUUUUUAAGCUGGAUAUUAGCCAAAUGAAAGACGAUUUCAAUGGGGAUAAGGUCGGGUGAACGAGCUGGAAUCUUAAGAAGUCUGCACCCUGUGUUGUUGACAUUAUAAAAACCGUCGCUGAGGUUUUUAAUCCAUACACAGGGUUUCUUAAAAUGGUUUUAUUCUUAAUGUGGAGAGAAUUUAAAUCUUAAUUUAUAAUUAGGAACACAAUGGGAACAUUCUUUCGAUUGAUUGAAUGAAACUGUUGGAAGUGACAUGGAGGGGAACUUGUUUUAGCACAUUUACGCCAGAAAAUGUCAUUCAAGGUAUCUAAGUAAUAGUUAAUUGAAAUAUUUUUAAUUCUUUGAAGCAAAAUAUCACCAAGCAAUAGAUUUGCAAAAACUGGAUGUGAGACAUUAUUCGUCUCAAGUUUUAUGACAUACAACUCAACACAAGGGAAGUUAUAGGAGUAGAUGAUUUUUGCCCUAUCCCCUCCACCACCACUAUACUCGCCCCCUACACCCGGAAUGGUGAUUUCUGUGUAUUUUUUAUCAGUGCCCUUUUUGUUUUGUUUAAAGGGGCGCAUAGUAAAAAUAACAUUAUACUAGGACCCUUUAUUUAAAAAUGUUUAAUUCUGUAAAAACUUAACUGUUCGCCUGCAGGAUAAUCACCAAAAUAAGUUAGCAAAUUUUGGACGUUUUUUGUAUAAAAAAUCCUUGUGCCAUGUUGCUGCUUUCCAUGACUGUCGAUCAUUGCGACAUUUCCAUCUUCGAAAACGACUAAGCAAACAGCCAUGUUUCGAACAAUGACGACAUGAGGUAAAGAAUUGUUGCUUUCGGAAAAUAAGCUUCCAAGAUAAGCCUCAAAUUUAUCAAAACCAACUCCUUGUGUGAAGAUUGCGUAUUCCUUCAUAUCAAUUUCCAUAUUGACAUCCUCGGGGAAAGUAGAAAUUGCCUCGAGAAUAUGAGGGAGCCCACGCAUGAAUGAACUAUUGUACAGGUAAUUUCCGAUUUCCAUGCACCCACAAAUAAAAGGCAGGAAUAUUUCAACGUAGGGUUGUUCUGAAAAAUAUUGGCAUGGCAGAUCCAUUUAUUAUAAUAUAGAUAUGUACCCAACCGUUGUUUGACCCUUGUUCCUUUUCGGACCGGCAAGGUUUCCCCAGAGUCAGCAAAACUUUAAAUGCUAGGUAUCUUCUUUUCUAAACCAAAACCAAUUUAUUAAAAUACAUUGAAAAUGAAAACAUGCUCUAGUUAUUUAACGUUGAAUGAACAUUUAAAAUUGAUGCUUAGUACCUCCCCCUUAAAGCAGCUUUCUCACAAUGGCAUCUCGAAACUCAAUGACUUCUUUUUUGUUGAACUCAACUGGGAUUUGCUGAUUGCGCAUAAUCCACUCAGCCAACUAGAUACAGCGAAAUUUUAACUUUUUUUAUUUUCGGAACUUACAUAACAUCCUUUAAAAUUAUCACAGUAACUUUAUUUACCUUUGCGCAAAAUAUCCCACAAGAUACACUGUCUUGUUAUUUCGCGUGGGGAAUCAUUUGUAGAGGCCAUAGUUUUUGUGAAAAAGAUGAUGUAACUUUUUGUAAACAAGAAAUAAAAAUUCUCUCAAUAAUAGUUAGCACCAAAAAAAUUAUCUUUUUUAUUUAAAGUAAAGUAUUCCUAAUAAUUUUUUUUAAAGUACCUUUAAGUACAUAUUUUCUUAUCAGAUAGGUGCUAAGAUAAUAAACGAAACCAUGAGUUGGAAAUUAGGAAAUAUAUUUAAACUAAUUGAAAUAAUUGAUGGACUAUCAUACCGCCUAUUACACUUACUUCCAUUUAUUUAGCACGCCAUUCAACGCAUCAACUUCUUCACCCAUAGGAUUAAGAUAGCAAAUCAUAACUCAUUUUCUCUUUGGGGAAAACCACUAUUUGUGUCCAAUGAUAAUUAUUAAUGUUACACGAUAUCAACAUAUCGAGCACCAUCAUUUCUUCCUGAAAGAAUUAGCGUGAAAAAAUUUAAAAGUUAUUUAAGGCACCUUGCUAAUAUGAUCGUUAGUAUAUUACACAAUAAAUUUAUACAUAUGAUAUCUCGCGUGGCCUCUGGUAGAUACGUUUCAUCUGUGAUCAAUUCUGUGGGCGAACUAACUUUAAUGUUUUUCUGAAACUAAUUUUAAAUCUCUGCAUUAUUAUCCAAUUAAAUAAAGCAAAUAGGCUUAAAAUAUUUCCUAACAUCAUUCACACUUGUUGCCACUAUCUUUAAAUAUUCGAAUACAACAUCGUCACCAACGCUAUCCUACAAUGCUUCUUUCAGUUGGUAGGUUCGCAUUUUUUGUUUUACAGGUGCCCAGCAUGGAUAGUAUAAUAUUAUUCCCAGGUUGCGCUUUCAACUUUGCGAAAACUAUAUGCCAAUUAAAAAUUGAAGUACAUUUUUACAAGAUAAGAACUAAUCUAUAGACUUACUGUCAUUUGUACUAGCAUUGACUUAACGCUAAUUUCGUUUGCUAAUUCUCGUUAAAUCUUGCUAGGUAACCUCUGAACAACCUAGGGUUACCCAAUUGUUACCCAAUGAUUACUCGUUGGUUACUCGUUGCUCCAAAACUUCCAUAGCUUUACAAGGUCUUUCACACGUCCUUUACCUUUAUGACCUUGUCAAAACGUUUCGACAUGGAACCAAUUGUUUUGUCCAUAAUUCUUGAAGGAAAAUUCGAAAGUUUUCUCUUUACACGACGACAGAAUUGCGCAUAUGUUUCUUUCUCCAGUCUUCUUUCCAAGGCAUCUUUUUUAAGCUGGAUAUUAGCCAAAUGAAAGACGAUUUCAAUGGGGAUAAGGUCGGGUGAACGAGCUGGAAUCUUAAGAAGUCUGCACCCUGUGUUGUUGACAUUAUAAAAACCGUCGCUGAGGUUUUUAAUCCAUACACAGGGUUUCUUAAAAUGGUUUUAUUCUUAAUGUGGAGAGAAUUUAAAUCUUAAUUUAUAAUUAGGAACACAAUGGGAACAUUCUUUCGAUUGAUUGAAUGAAACUGUUGGAAGUGACAUGGAGGGGAACUUGUUUUAGCACAUUUACGCCAGAAAAUGUCAUUCAAGGUAUCUAAGUAAUAGUUAAUUGAAAUAUUUUUAAUUCUUUGAAGCAAAAUAUCACCAAGCAAUAGAUUUGCAAAAACUGGAUGUGAGACAUUAUUCGUCUCAAGUUUUAUGACAUACAACUCAACACAAGGGAAGUUAUAGGAGUAGAUGAUUUUUGCCCUAUCCCCUCCACCACCACUAUACUCGCCCCCUACACCCGGAAUGGUGAUUUCUGUGUAUUUUUUAUCAGUGCCCUUUUUGUUUUGUUUAAAGGGGCGCAUAGUAAAAAUAACAUUAUACUAGGACCCUUUAUUUAAAAAUGUUUCAUUCUGUAAAAACUUAACUGUUCGCCUGCAGGAUAAUCACCAAAAUAAGUUAGCAAAUUUUGGACGUUUUUUGUAUAAAAAAUCCUUGUGCCAUGUUGCUGCUUUCCAUGACUGUCGAUCAUUGCGACAUUUCCAUCUUCGAAAACGACUAAGCAAACAGCCAUGUUUCGAACAAUGACGACAUGAGGUAAAGAAUUGUUGCUUUCGGAAAAUAAGCUUCCAAGAGAAGCCUCGAAUUUAUCAAAACCAACUCCUUGUGUGAAGAUUGCGUAUUCCUUCAUAUCAAUUUCCAUAUUGACAUCCUCGGGGAAAGUAGAAAUUGCCUCGAGAAUAUGAGGGAGCCCACGCAUGAAUGAACUAUUGUACAGGUAAUUUCCGAUUUCCAUGCACCCACAAAUAAAAGGCAGGAAUAUUUCAACGUAGGGUUGUUCUGAAAAAUAUUGGCAUGGCAGAUCCAUUUAUUAUAAUAUAGAUAUGUACCCAACCGUUGUUUGACCCUUGUUCCUUUUCGGACCGGCAAGGUUUCCCCAGAGUCAGCAAAACUUUAAAUGCUAGGUAUCUUCUUUUCUAAACCAAAACCAAUUUAUUAAAAUACAUUGAAAAUGAAAACAUGCUCUAGUUAUUUAACGUUGAAUGAACAUUUAAAAUUGAUGCUUAGUACCUCCCCCUUAAAGCAGCUUUCUCACAAUGGCAUCUCGAAACUCAAUGACUUCUUUUUUGUUGAACUCAACUGGGAUUUGCUGAUUGCGCAUAAUCCACUCAGCCAACUAGAUACAGCGAAAUUUUAACUUUUUUUAUUUUCGGAACUUACAUAACAUCCUUUAAAAUUAUCACAGUAACUUUAUUUACCUUUGCGCAAAAUAUCCCACAAGAUACACUGUCUUGUUAUUUCGCGUGGGGAAUCAUUUGUAGAGGCCAUAGUUUUUGUGAAAAAGAUGAUGUAACUUUUUGUAAACAAGAAAUAAAAAUUCUCUCAAUAAUAGUUAGCACCAAAAAAAUUAUCUUUUUUAUUUAAAGUAAAGUAUUCCUAAUAAUUUUUUUUAAAGUACCUUUAAGUACAUAUUUUCUUAUCAGAUAGGUGCUAAGAUAAUAAACGAAACCAUGAGUUGGAAAUUAGGAAAUAUAUUUAAACUAAUUGAAAUAAUUGAUGGACUAUCAUACCGCCUAUUACACUUACUUCCAUUUAUUUAGCACGCCAUUCAACGCAUCAACUUCUUCACCCAUAGGAUUAAGAUAGCAAAUCAUAACUCAUUUUCUCUUUGGGGAAAACCACUAUUUGUGUCCAAUGAUAAUUAUUAAUGUUACACGAUAUCAACAUAUCGAGCACCAUCAUUUCUUCCUGAAAGAAUUAGCGUGAAAAAAUUUAAAAGUUAUUUAAGGCACCUUGCUAAUAUGAUCGUUAGUAUAUUACACAAUAAAUUUAUACAUAUGAUAUCUCGCGUGGCCUCUGGUAGAUACGUUUCAUCUGUGAUCAAUUCUGUGGGCGAACUAACUUUAAUGUUUUUCUGAAACUAAUUUUAAAUCUCUGCAUUAUUAUCCAAUUAAAUAAAGCAAAUAGGCUUAAAAUAUUUCCUAACAUCAUUCACACUUGUUGCCACUAUCUUUAAAUAUUCGAAUACAACAUCGUCACCAACGCUAUCCUACAAUGCUUCUUUCAGUUGGUAGGUUCGCAUUUUUUGUUUUACAGGUGCCCAGCAUGGAUAGUAUAAUAUUAUUCCCAGGUUGCGCUUUCAACUUUGCGAAAACUAUAUGCCAAUUAAAAAUUGAAGUACAUUUUUACAAGAUAAGAACUAAUCUAUAGACUUACUGUCAUUUGUACUAGCAUUGACUUAACGCUAAUUUCGUUUGCUAAUUCUCGUUAAAUCUUGCUAGGUAACCUCUGAACAACCUAGGGUUACCCAAUUGUUACCCAAUGAUUACUCGUUGGUUACUCGUUGCUCCAAAACUUCCAUAGCUUUACAAGGUCUUUCACACGUCCUUUACCUUUAUGACCUUGUCAAAACGUUUCGACAUGGAACCAAUUGUUUUGUCCAUAAUUCUUGAAGGAAAAUUCGAAAGUUUUCUCUUUACACGACGACAGAAUUGCGCAUAUGUUUCUUUCUCCAGUCUUCUUUCCAAGGCAUCUUUUUUAAGCUGGAUAUUAGCCAAAUGAAAGACGAUUUCAAUGGGGAUAAGGUCGGGUGAACGAGCUGGAAUCUUAAGAAGUCUGCACCCUGUGUUGUUGACAUUAUAAAAACCGUCGCUGAGGUUUUUAAUCCAUACACAGGGUUUCUUAAAAUGGUUUUAUUCUUAAUGUGGAGAGAAUUUAAAUCUUAAUUUAUAAUUAGGAACACAAUGGGAACAUUCUUUCGAUUGAUUGAAUGAAACUGUUGGAAGUGACAUGGAGGGGAACUUGUUUUAGCACAUUUACGCCAGAAAAUGUCAUUCAAGGUAUCUAAGUAAUAGUUAAUUGAAAUAUUUUUAAUUCUUUGAAGCAAAAUAUCACCAAGCAAUAGAUUUGCAAAAACUGGAUGUGAGACAUUAUUCGUCUCAAGUUUUAUGACAUACAACUCAACACAAGGGAAGUUAUAGGAGUAGAUGAUUUUUGCCCUAUCCCCUCCACCACCACUAUACUCGCCCCCUACACCCGGAAUGGUGAUUUCUGUGUAUUUUUUAUCAGUGCCCUUUUUGUUUUGUUUAAAGGGGUGCAUAGUAAAAAUAACAUUAUGCUAGGACCCUUUAUUUAAAAAUGUUUCAUUCUGUAAAAACUUAACUGUUCGCCUGCAGGAUAAUCACCAAAAUAAGUUAGCAAAUUUUGGACGUUUUUUGUAUAAAAAAUCCUUGUGCCAUGUUGCUGCUUUCCAUGACUGUCGAUCAUUGCGACAUUUCCAUCUUCGAAAACGACUAAGCAAACAGCCAUGUUUCGAACAAUGACGACAUGAGGUAAAGAAUUGUUGCUUUCGGAAAAUAAGCUUCCAAGAUAAGCCUCAAAUUUAUCAAAACCAACUCCUUGUGUGAAGAUUGCGUAUUCCUUCAUAUCAAUUUCCAUAUUGACAUCCUCGGGGAAAGUAGAAAUUGCCUCGAGAAUAUGAGGAAGCCCACGCAUGAAUGAACUAUUGUACAGGUAAUUUCCGAUUUCCAUGCACCCACAAAUAAAAGGCAGGAAUAUUUCAACGUAGGGUUGUUCUGAAAAAUAUUGGCAUGGCAGAUCCAUUUAUUAUAAUAUAGAUAUGUACCCAACCGUUGUUUGACCCUUGUUCCUUUUCGGACCGGCAAGGUUUCCCCAGAGUCAGCAAAACUUUAAAUGCUAGGUAUCUUCUUUUCUAAACCAAAACCAAUUUAUUAAAAUACAUUGAAAAUGAAAACAUGCUCUAGUUAUUUAACGUUGAAUGAACAUUUAAAAUUGAUGCUUAGUACCUCCCCCUUAAAGCAGCUUUCUCACAAUGGCAUCUCGAAACUCAAUGACUUCUUUUUUGUUGAACUCAACUGGGAUUUGCUGAUUGCGCAUAAUCCACUCAGCCAACUAGAUACAGCGAAAUUUUAACUUUUUUUAUUUUCGGAACUUACAUAACAUCCUUUAAAAUUAUCACAGUAACUUUAUUUACCUUUGCGCAAAAUAUCCCACAAGAUACACUGUCUUGUUAUUUCGCGUGGGGAAUCAUUUGUAGAGGCCAUAGUUUUUGUGAAAAAGAUGAUGUAACUUUUUGUAAACAAGAAAUAAAAAUUCUCUCAAUAAUAGUUAGCACCAAAAAAAUUAUCUUUUUUAUUUAAAGUAAAGUAUUCCUAAUAAUUUUUUUUAAAGUACCUUUAAGUACAUAUUUUCUUAUCAGAUAGGUGCUAAGAUAAUAAACGAAACCAUGAGUUGGAAAUUAGGAAAUAUAUUUAAACUAAUUGAAAUAAUUGAUGGACUAUCAUACCGCCUAUUACACUUACUUCCAUUUAUUUAGCACGCCAUUCAACGCAUCAACUUCUUCACCCAUAGGAUUAAGAUAGCAAAUCAUAACUCAUUUUCUCUUUGGGGAAAACCACUAUUUGUGUCCAAUGAUAAUUAUUAAUGUUACACGAUAUCAACAUAUCGAGCACCAUCAUUUCUUCCUGAAAGAAUUAGCGUGAAAAAAUUUAAAAGUUAUUUAAGGCACCUUGCUAAUAUGAUCGUUAGUAUAUUACACAAUAAAUUUAUACAUAUGAUAUCUCGCGUGGCCUCUGGUAGAUACGUUUCAUCUGUGAUCAAUUCUGUGGGCGAACUAACUUUAAUGUUUUUCUGAAACUAAUUUUAAAUCUCUGCAUUAUUAUCCAAUUAAAUAAAGCAAAUAGGCUUAAAAUAUUUCCUAACAUCAUUCACACUUGUUGCCACUAUCUUUAAAUAUUCGAAUACAACAUCGUCACCAACGCUAUCCUACAAUGCUUCUUUCAGUUGGUAGGUUCGCAUUUUUUGUUUUACAGGUGCCCAGCAUGGAUAGUAUAAUAUUAUUCCCAGGUUGCGCUUUCAACUUUGCGAAAACUAUAUGCCAAUUAAAAAUUGAAGUACAUUUUUACAAGAUAAGAACUAAUCUAUAGACUUACUGUCAUUUGUACUAGCAUUGACUUAACGCUAAUUUCGUUUGCUAAUUCUCGUUAAAUCUUGCUAGGUAACCUCUGAACAACCUAGGGUUACCCAAUUGUUACCCAAUGAUUACUCGUUGGUUACUCGUUGCUCCAAAACUUCCAUAGCUUUACAAGGUCUUUCACACGUCCUUUACCUUUAUGACCUUGUCAAAACGUUUCGACAUGGAACCAAUUGUUUUGUCCAUAAUUCUUGAAGGAAAAUUCGAAAGUUUUCUCUUUACACGACGACAGAAUUGCGCAUAUGUUUCUUUCUCCAGUCUUCUUUCCAAGGCAUCUUUUUUAAGCUGGAUAUUAGCCAAAUGAAAGACGAUUUCAAUGGGGAUAAGGUCGGGUGAACGAGCUGGAAUCUUAAGAAGUCUGCACCCUGUGUUGUUGACAUUAUAAAAACCGUCGCUGAGGUUUUUAAUCCAUACACAGGGUUUCUUAAAAUGGUUUUAUUCUUAAUGUGGAGAGAAUUUAAAUCUUAAUUUAUAAUUAGGAACACAAUGGGAACAUUCUUUCGAUUGAUUGAAUGAAACUGUUGGAAGUGACAUGGAGGGGAACUUGUUUUAGCACAUUUACGCCAGAAAAUGUCAUUCAAGGUAUCUAAGUAAUAGUUAAUUGAAAUAUUUUUAAUUCUUUGAAGCAAAAUAUCACCAAGCAAUAGAUUUGCAAAAACUGGAUGUGAGACAUUAUUCGUCUCAAGUUUUAUGACAUACAACUCAACACAAGGGAAGUUAUAGGAGUAGAUGAUUUUUGCCCUAUCCCCUCCACCACCACUAUACUCGCCCCCUACACCCGGAAUGGUGAUUUCUGUGUAUUUUUUAUCAGUGCCCUUUUUGUUUUGUUUAAAGGGGUGCAUAGUAAAAAUAACAUUAUGCUAGGACCCUUUAUUUAAAAAUGUUUCAUUCUGUAAAAACUUAACUGUUCGCCUGCAGGAUAAUCACCAAAAUAAGUUAGCAAAUUUUGGACGUUUUUUGUAUAAAAAAUCCUUGUGCCAUGUUGCUGCUUUCCAUGACUGUCGAUCAUUGCGACAUUUCCAUCUUCGAAAACGACUAAGCAAACAGCCAUGUUUCGAACAAUGACGACAUGAGGUAAAGAAUUGUUGCUUUCGGAAAAUAAGCUUCCAAGAUAAGCCUCAAAUUUAUCAAAACCAACUCCUUGUGUGAAGAUUGCGUAUUCCUUCAUAUCAAUUUCCAUAUUGACAUCCUCGGGGAAAGUAGAAAUUGCCUCGAGAAUAUGAGGAAGCCCACGCAUGAAUGAACUAUUGUACAGGUAAUUUCCGAUUUCCAUGCACCCACAAAUAAAAGGCAGGAAUAUUUCAACGUAGGGUUGUUCUGAAAAAUAUUGGCAUGGCAGAUCCAUUUAUUAUAAUAUAGAUAUGUACCCAACCGUUGUUUGACCCUUGUUCCUUUUCGGACCGGCAAGGUUUCCCCAGAGUCAGCAAAACUUUAAAUGCUAGGUAUCUUCUUUUCUAAACCAAAACCAAUUUAUUAAAAUACAUUGAAAAUGAAAACAUGCUCUAGUUAUUUAACGUUGAAUGAACAUUUAAAAUUGAUGCUUAGUACCUCCCCCUUAAAGCAGCUUUCUCACAAUGGCAUCUCGAAACUCAAUGACUUCUUUUUUGUUGAACUCAACUGGGAUUUGCUGAUUGCGCAUAAUCCACUCAGCCAACUAGAUACAGCGAAAUUUUAACUUUUUUUAUUUUCGGAACUUACAUAACAUCCUUUAAAAUUAUCACAGUAACUUUAUUUACCUUUGCGCAAAAUAUCCCACAAGAUACACUGUCUUGUUAUUUCGCGUGGGGAAUCAUUUGUAGAGGCCAUAGUUUUUGUGAAAAAGAUGAUGUAACUUUUUGUAAACAAGAAAUAAAAAUUCUCUCAAUAAUAGUUAGCACCAAAAAAAUUAUCUUUUUUAUUUAAAGUAAAGUAUUCCUAAUAAUUUUUUUUAAAGUACCUUUAAGUACAUAUUUUCUUAUCAGAUAGGUGCUAAGAUAAUAAACGAAACCACGAGUUGGAAAUUAGGAAAUAUAUUUAAACUAAUUGAAAUAAUUGAUGGACUAUCAUACCGCCUAUUACACUUACUUCCAUUUAUUUAGCACGCCAUUCAACGCAUCAACUUCUUCACCCAUAGGAUUAAGAUAGCAAAUCAUAACUCAUUUUCUCUUUGGGGAAAACCACUAUUUGUGUCCAAUGAUAAUUAUUAAUGUUACACGAUAUCAACAUAUCGAGCACCAUCAUUUCUUCCUGAAAGAAUUAGCGUGAAAAAAUUUAAAAGUUAUUUAAGGCACCUUGCUAAUAUGAUCGUUAGUAUAUUACACAAUAAAUUUAUACAUAUGAUAUCUCGCGUGGCCUCUGGUAGAUACGUUUCAUCUGUGAUCAAUUCUGUGGGCGAACUAACUUUAAUGUUUUUCUGAAACUAAUUUUAAAUCUCUGCAUUAUUAUCCAAUUAAAUAAAGCAAAUAGGCUUAAAAUAUUUCCUAACAUCAUUCACACUUGUUGCCACUAUCUUUAAAUAUUCGAAUACAACAUCGUCACCAACGCUAUCCUACAAUGCUUCUUUCAGUUGGUAGGUUCGCAUUUUUUGUUUUACAGGUGCCCAGCAUGGAUAGUAUAAUAUUAUUCCCAGGUUGCGCUUUCAACUUUGCGAAAACUAUAUGCCAAUUAAAAAUUGAAGUACAUUUUUACAAGAUAAGAACUAAUCUAUAGACUUACUGUCAUUUGUACUAGCAUUGACUUAACGCUAAUUUCGUUUGCUAAUUCUCGUUAAAUCUUGCUAGGUAACCUCUGAACAACCUAGGGUUACCCAAUUGUUACCCAAUGAUUACUCGUUGGUUACUCGUUGCUCCAAAACUUCCAUAGCUUUACAAGGUCUUUCACACGUCCUUUACCUUUAUGACCUUGUCAAAACGUUUCGACAUGGAACCAAUUGUUUUGUCCAUAAUUCUUGAAGGAAAAUUCGAAAGUUUUCUCUUUACACGACGACAGAAUUGCGCAUAUGUUUCUUUCUCCAGUCUUCUUUCCAAGGCAUCUUUUUUAAGCUGGAUAUUAGCCAAAUGAAAGACGAUUUCAAUGGGGAUAAGGUCGGGUGAACGAGCUGGAAUCUUAAGAAGUCUGCACCCUGUGUUGUUGACAUUAUAAAAACCGUCGCUGAGGUUUUUAAUCCAUACACAGGGUUUCUUAAAAUGGUUUUAUUCUUAAUGUGGAGAGAAUUUAAAUCUUAAUUUAUAAUUAGGAACACAAUGGGAACAUUCUUUCGAUUGAUUGAAUGAAACUGUUGGAAGUGACAUGGAGGGGAACUUGUUUUAGCACAUUUACGCCAGAAAAUGUCAUUCAAGGUAUCUAAGUAAUAGUUAAUUGAAAUAUUUUUAAUUCUUUGAAGCAAAAUAUCACCAAGCAAUAGAUUUGCAAAAACUGGAUGUGAGACAUUAUUCGUCUCAAGUUUUAUGACAUACAACUCAACACAAGGGAAGUUAUAGGAGUAGAUGAUUUUUGCCCUAUCCCCUCCACCACCACUAUACUCGCCCCCUACACCCGGAAUGGUGAUUUCUGUGUAUUUUUUAUCAGUGCCCUUUUUGUUUUGUUUAAAGGGGCGCAUAGUAAAAAUAACAUUAUACUAGGACCCUUUAUUUAAAAAUGUUUCAUUCUGUAAAAACUUAACUGUUCGCCUGCAGGAUAAUCACCAAAAUAAGUUAGCAAAUUUUGGACGUUUUUUGUAUAAAAAAUCCUUGUGCCAUGUUGCUGCUUUCCAUGACUGUCGAUCAUUGCGACAUUUCCAUCUUCGAAAACGACUAAGCAAACAGCCAUGUUUCGAACAAUGACGACAUGAGGUAAAGAAUUGUUGCUUUCGGAAAAUAAGCUUCCAAGAGAAGCCUCGAAUUUAUCAAAACCAACUCCUUGUGUGAAGAUUGCGUAUUCCUUCAUAUCAAUUUCCAUAUUGACAUCCUCGGGGAAAGUAGAAAUUGCCUCGAGAAUAUGAGGGAGCCCACGCAUGAAUGAACUAUUGUACAGGUAAUUUCCGAUUUCCAUGCACCCACAAAUAAAAGGCAGGAAUAUUUCAACGUAGGGUUGUUCUGAAAAAUAUUGGCAUGGCAGAUCCAUUUAUUAUAAUAUAGAUAUGUACCCAACCGUUGUUUGACCCUUGUUCCUUUUUGGACCGGCAAGGUUUCCCCAGAGUCAGCAAAACUUUAAAUGCUAGGUAUCUUCUUUUCUAAACCAAAACCAAUUUAUUAAAAUACAUUGAAAAUGAAAACAUGCUCUAGUUAUUUAACGUUGAAUGAACAUUUAAAAUUGAUGCUUAGUACCUCCCCCUUAAAGCAGCUUUCUCACAAUGGCAUCUCGAAACUCAAUGACUUCUUUUUUGUUGAACUCAACUGGGAUUUGCUGAUUGCGCAUAAUCCACUCAGCCAACUAGAUACAGCGAAAUUUUAACUUUUUUUAUUUUCGGAACUUACAUAACAUCCUUUAAAAUUAUCACAGUAACUUUAUUUACCUUUGCGCAAAAUAUCCCACAAGAUACACUGUCUUGUUAUUUCGCGUGGGGAAUCAUUUGUAGAGGCCAUAGUUUUUGUGAAAAAGAUGAUGUAACUUUUUGUAAACAAGAAAUAAAAAUUCUCUCAAUAAUAGUUAGCACCAAAAAAAUUAUCUUUUUUAUUUAAAGUAAAGUAUUCCUAAUAAUUUUUUUUAAAGUACCUUUAAGUACAUAUUUUCUUAUCAGAUAGGUGCUAAGAUAAUAAACGAAACCAUGAGUUGGAAAUUAGGAAAUAUAUUUAAACUAAUUGAAAUAAUUGAUGGACUAUCAUACCGCCUAUUACACUUACUUCCAUUUAUUUAGCACGCCAUUCAACGCAUCAACUUCUUCACCCAUAGGAUUAAGAUAGCAAAUCAUAACUCAUUUUCUCUUUGGGGAAAACCACUAUUUGUGUCCAAUGAUAAUUAUUAAUGUUACACGAUAUCAACAUAUCGAGCACCAUCAUUUCUUCCUGAAAGAAUUAGCGUGAAAAAAUUUAAAAGUUAUUUAAGGCACCUUGCUAAUAUGAUCGUUAGUAUAUUACACAAUAAAUUUAUACAUAUGAUAUCUCGCGUGGCCUCUGGUAGAUACGUUUCAUCUGUGAUCAAUUCUGUGGGCGAACUAACUUUAAUGUUUUUCUGAAACUAAUUUUAAAUCUCUGCAUUAUUAUCCAAUUAAAUAAAGCAAAUAGGCUUAAAAUAUUUCCUAACAUCAUUCACACUUGUUGCCACUAUCUUUAAAUAUUCGAAUACAACAUCGUCACCAACGCUAUCCUACAAUGCUUCUUUCAGUUGGUAGGUUCGCAUUUUUUGUUUUACAGGUGCCCAGCAUGGAUAGUAUAAUAUUAUUCCCAGGUUGCGCUUUCAACUUUGCGAAAACUAUAUGCCAAUUAAAAAUUGAAGUACAUUUUUACAAGAUAAGAACUAAUCUAUAGACUUACUGUCAUUUGUACUAGCAUUGACUUAACGCUAAUUUCGUUUGCUAAUUCUCGUUAAAUCUUGCUAGGUAACCUCUGAACAACCUAGGGUUACCUAAUUGUUACCCAAUGAUUACUCGUUGGUUACUCGUUGCUCCAAAACUUCCAUAGCUUUACAAGGUCUUUCACACGUCCUUUACCUUUAUGACCUUGUCAAAACGUUUCGACAUGGAACCAAUUGUUUUGUCCAUAAUUCUUGAAGGAAAAUUCGAAAGUUUUCUCUUUACACGACGACAGAAUUGCGCAUAUGUUUCUUUCUCCAGUCUUCUUUCCAAGGCAUCUUUUUUAAGCUGGAUAUUAGCCAAAUGAAAGACGAUUUCAAUGGGGAUAAGGUCGGGUGAACGAGCUGGAAUCUUAAGAAGUCUGCACCCUGUGUUGUUGACAUUAUAAAAACCGUCGCUGAGGUUUUUAAUCCAUACACAGGGUUUCUUAAAAUGGUUUUAUUCUUAAUGUGGAGAGAAUUUAAAUCUUAAUUUAUAAUUAGGAACACAAUGGGAACAUUCUUUCGAUUGAUUGAAUGAAACUGUUGGAAGUGACAUGGAGGGGAACUUGUUUUAGCACAUUUACGCCAGAAAAUGUCAUUCAAGGUAUCUAAGUAAUAGUUAAUUGAAAUAUUUUUAAUUCUUUGAAGCAAAAUAUCACCAAGCAAUAGAUUUGCAAAAACUGGAUGUGAGACAUUAUUCGUCUCAAGUUUUAUGACAUACAACUCAACACAAGGGAAGUUAUAGGAGUAGAUGAUUUUUGCCCUAUCCCCUCCACCACCACUAUACUCGCCCCCUACACCCGGAAUGGUGAUUUCUGUGUAUUUUUUAUCAGUGCCCUUUUUGUUUUGUUUAAAGGGGCGCAUAGUAAAAAUAACAUUAUACUAGGACCCUUUAUUUAAAAAUGUUUCAUUCUGUAAAAACUUAACUGUUCGCCUGCAGGAUAAUCACCAAAAUAAGUUAGCAAAUUUUGGACGUUUUUUGUAUAAAAAAUCCUUGUGCCAUGUUGCUGCUUUCCAUGACUGUCGAUCAUUGCGACAUUUCCAUCUUCGAAAACGACUAAGCAAACAGCCAUGUUUCGAACAAUGACGACAUGAGGUAAAGAAUUGUUGCUUUCGGAAAAUAAGCUUCCAAGAGAAGCCUCGAAUUUAUCAAAACCAACUCCUUGUGUGAAGAUUGCGUAUUCCUUCAUAUCAAUUUCCAUAUUGACAUCCUCGGGGAAAGUAGAAAUUGCCUCGAGAAUAUGAGGGAGCCCACGCAUGAAUGAACUAUUGUACAGGUAAUUUCCGAUUUCCAUGCACCCACAAAUAAAAGGCAGGAAUAUUUCAACGUAGGGUUGUUCUGAAAAAUAUUGGCAUGGCAGAUCCAUUUAUUAUAAUAUAGAUAUGUACCCAACCGUUGUUUGACCCUUGUUCCUUUUUGGACCGGCAAGGUUUCCCCACAGUCAGCAAAACUUUAAAUGCUAGGUAUCUUCUUUUCUAAACCAAAACCAAUUUAUUAAAAUACAUUGAAAAUGAAAACAUGCUCUAGUUAUUUAACGUUGAAUGAACAUUUGAAAUUGAUGCUUAGUACCUCCCCCUUAAAGCAGUUUUCUCACAAUGGCAUCUCGAAACUCAAUGACUUCUUUUUUGUUGAACUCAACUGGGAUUUGCUGAUUGCGCAUAAUCCACUCAGCCAACUAGAUACAGCGAAAUUUUAACUUUUUUUAUUUUCGGAACUUACAUAACAUCCUUUAAAAUUAUCACAGUAACUUUAUUUACCUUUGCGCAAAAUAUCCCACAAGAUACACUGUCUUGUUAUUUCGCGUGGGGAAUCAUUUGUAGAGGCCAUAGUUUUUGUGAAAAAGAUGAUGUAACUUUUUGUAAACAAGAAAUAAAAAUUCUCUCAAUAAUAGUUAGCACCAAAAAAAUUAUCUUUUUUAUUUAAAGUAAAGUAUUCCUAAUAAUUUUUUUUAAAGUACCUUUAAGUACAUAUUUUCUUAUCAGAUAGGUGCUAAGAUAAUAAACGAAACCAUGAGUUGGAAAUUAGGAAAUAUAUUUAAACUAAUUGAAAUAAUUGAUGGACUAUCAUACCGCCUAUUACACUUACUUCCAUUUAUUUAGCACGCCAUUCAACGCAUCAACUUCUUCACCCAUAGGAUUAAGAUAGCAAAUCAUAACUCAUUUUCUCUUUGGGGAAAACCACUAUUUGUGUCCAAUGAUAAUUAUUAAUGUUACACGAUAUCAACAUAUCGAGCACCAUCAUUUCUUCCUGAAAGAAUUAGCGUGAAAAAAUUUAAAAGUUAUUUAAGGCACCUUGCUAAUAUGAUCGUUAGUAUAUUAGACAAUAAAUUUAUACAUAUGAUAUCUCGCGUGGCCUCUGGUAGAUACGUUUCAUCUGUGAUCAAUUCUGUGGGCGAAGUUUUUCUGAAACUAAUUUUAAAUCUCUGCAUUAUUAUCCAAUUAAAUAAAGCAAAUAGGCUUAAAAUAUUUCCUUACAUCAUUCACACUUGUUGCCACUAUCUUUAAAUAUUCGAAUACAACAUCGUCACCAACGCUAUCCUACAAUGCUUCUUUCAGUUGGUAGGUUCGCAUUUUUUGUUUUACAGGUGCCCAGCAUGGAUAGUAUAAUAUUAUUCCCAGGUUGCGCUUUCAACUUUGCGAAAACUAUAUGCCAAUUAAAAAUUGAAGUACAUUUUUACAAGAUAAGAACUAAUCUAUAGACUUACUGUCAUUUGUACUAGCAUUGACUUAACGCUAAUUUCGUUUGCUAAUUCUUGUUAAAUCUUGCUAGGUAACCUCUGAACAACCUAGGGUUACCCAGUUGUUACCCAAUGAUUACUCGUUGGUUACUCGUUGCUCCAAAACUUCCAUAGCUUUACAAGGUCUUUCACACGUCCUUUACCUUUAUGACCUUGUCAAAACGUUUCGACAUGGAACCAAUUGUUUUGUCCAUAAUUCUUGAAGGAAAAUUCGAAAGUUUUCUCUUUACACGACGAAAGAAUUGCACAUAUGUUUCUUUCUCCAGUGUUCUUUCCAUGGAAUCUUUUUUAAGCUGGAUAUUAGCCAAGUGAAAGACGUUUUCAAUGGGGAUAAGGUCGGGUGAACGAGCUGGAAUCUUAAAAAGUCCGCACCCUGUGUUGUUGACAUUAUAAAACCGUCGCUGAUGUUUUUAAUCUAACACAGGUUUUCUUAGAUUUUACGGAUGUUUUCCACUCACAAAUUGACUUUUUUUUUAGCGUUUUGAAUGUUUUCGCUAAUAAGUAUUUGUGUCCUCUCAUAGCGUUCAUACACCGGCACAGUAAAUAAUUCAUGCAGAGUUUAAUCGGUGAGAAUGUCACGUCACAAACUCAGACUUACGAUAUCUGUCUGCAAUAUAAAUGUUGUUCACAUUAUAUAAGAACUGUCGUUGAUGUUUUUAAUCCAUACACAGGGUUUCUUAAAAUGGUUUUAUUCUUAAUGUGGAGAGAAUUUAAAUCUUAAUUUACUAGCCAUAGUUACCACUAAUGCGCCCCGAAUUACUAAUAACGAUUUCAAACAUUCAAAUUUAGAACGGGAUUUAAAAUUAAAAUGGAAAAUGGUUGACGUUUGAAAUCUAUAAAAACUGCAGUGUUAGAACUUAUUAUUUUCGUUAUUUUCACAUUUGGCUAAGGCUCUAUCUAUAAAGUUAGAUCUUGAUUAAAUAUAUGUACACUUUAAACGCCUCUAGCCUUCUUGUUGUGUAAUUUCACGUAAUCAUUGCUUUUGAUUUUUGGUUAAAAUUCGUUCAAAAGACUUACGCAUACAUUUAUGACUUAUCCAAACUCCAAAAAUUCUUGUGCUGUAAUAACAAAUUGUGUCUGAAAGCUAUUCUGCUGAAACAUUUUCCGCCAAAUAUGACGAAUAUGAUAGAAAUGCAGUACGGAAUUGCAUAGAGGCUUGUGAAUAAGCUUAUUGCCCAGGGGAAAAUUUUUAAAUAAGAAGCCCUGCGACUUGAAGAUUUCCGUCAUUAGCCUAAAAGAUUCUGAAAUUUGAAGUAGACUUUAAAACGGAGAACAAUGGGGUAUAUAAACACAUCAUAAGUAUCCUAAUUCUCAAUUAUUAUUGCGUAAAAUACAACUUGAUAAAUAAAAAAUAAUUUUUUUUUUACAUAUAUAUAGUAUAUAUUCUAAAACAAUAGUUAAAACUUUAACUGGAUUUUUUUAUAACUGAUCUCGAAAAUUCCAGGAUGCAGGAUUGCUAUGUAUGAACUUCACGAUUCGAAUAUAUAUAAUAACUUCUGAACAAUUUCAAUUUCAAUGAAUUAUUACUCUGUUAAGUUACCAAUAAAAUCCUUAAAAAUUUCUCUCGUUGAAGAUUUUUCGAAACUGCUGAUGGUGCAUGGUUUCAUAACAAAUGAUCUGAAAAAGAAAGUAUAUUUAAAAUUGAGAAAGAAGAAUACAAUUUUACCAGAACUGAAUUAAUACUAGGUUGUUUAAUUAUUGUCUACUUAUCUGAUUUAAAGUUAGAAUUUAUUAAAAAGAUACAAAUCAAUGCCAUGUGAUACACAAAAGGUAUACUAUAUAAAUAAAAAUAUAUAUAUAAAUUUAGUCAAGCUGGCUUUGAUAUAAUUGUUAAACAAGUAUAAUAUUAAGCAGGCGAUACAAGAUUUUCAAACCUGUGGACAAUACAGGACUUAUUUUGUUGAAAUCGAUUUAUUGAAUUUUACAAAUUUGAUUGUUUAUUAUCGAGGAAAUUGAUUGGUCAUUGUUUUCGAAUUGAAUUGAACAAGUUGAUACAAAAAAGGGUAGACACUCAAUUAAUAAAUUUGUCAGAUUUGAUAAAUCAACAACAUCAUUUAUAAUUUCAAGAAAAAACAUAAAAAAGGGAAGAAAACAAAGAAACCUGUAACAUACUGUGGGUAGCGUCUAGUUGUACUGCAAGGGCUAACUAUGUUAUGUUAUUGGUUAAUUUAUCAGUUCAACUUGACUGUUCCGUGCAAUGAACAACAAUAUUUUUUCAUGAUUCAACAAAUAUCUUUUUAUAUAUAUUCUUGCGGUCUGAUUCGUGUCAACCAAUCACGGGCAGCCAUUAUGAAAUGGGGUACAAAUGCCGUAAUUAAUGUUUUUGUGGUGAAAUCUUCAUAAAUACAAUACUGGAUUUUUCAAGGAAUUCUUUUUUUUUUAGUCAAAUCUUUAAUAUGUUUUAGAUACUGCUUAAUUUUUGCCAUUUUGCGACAUUUUAACGACGUUUUACUUGUAAAUUCUGUUUAAGUAAGGUUGCUACUUUGAAGGUUUGACCGUGAAAAGUCCACUUUGUUCUCCAUCGGAUAGCAACGAAGGAGAACAUCCUGACCGCAAGAAUACAUGAUAGCAGCCUCACAAAGGUUCCUUUAGAAGUUAUUUUACUCACCCAAAACGCCUAUACUUUUUACGGUGUAUGUGGCUUAUCAGCACCCUCGUUGAUAAAAUUACACAGGGCAGGAUAAAAGUUUUUUGUUGCUUCUGAAAAAAGGGACUCUAAUGAAAGCACUAUUUUGUGCAGUUCUAGCUUAAUAGCUGUAGUACAAGUGAGAGUAGUUUUACGACUAUUAACUUAUAAAAUGCAAGAAUUUAAAAAUAAGUAUUUAGCUCCCUAGCUACAUCAUUAAAGCUAUUACGACAAGCCAGACCAUCGGGAAGGGAAGACCAACAAAAUGCAAGCAGUUUUAGUCAUGGCCAUACACGGAAUGUUCUGUUCUUGAUUGACUUUAAAUUGUGAUGCAUUUAUAAAUUGCGGCCUUUGGAUCAACGCCAUAAACCGUUCUGAGUUUAAUUUCAUAUAAAAUAUAAGUAAUCCUUCUACUUACUGUUAACAAGUUUCGAAACAACUUGAACAAAGAAAAACAAACCUUUUCUUGAAGAUAAAUUCACGUGGGCUGCAGUGACAUUUAAGCAUAUUAAACGAGACAAUAUUACAAAGCUUUAAAUUAACAUAACAAAAGAAUCUCGAUUAAUAUUUUUUAUGGCACUCAAAUCUUCAGAGACAACAAAGAAACCGAGACAAGAUAAGUUUUGCUCGAUCAGUGUUAUUUUUGUCUUGAUGGUACCAAACACACAGGUUGUGUUAUAUCAAACCUAGGUUGGAUGUUCGAGCCGAAGUUCCCCCGCGAAGUUGAGAGUAAGAAAAAAACUUCUCCCAUACAUAAAACAAACACUAUAUACCCGCGGUCCACUAAAUGUGCGCCCCUUCGGCGGGGCGCAAUAAUUAGGAACACAAUGGGAACUUCUUUCAAUUGAUUGAAUGAAACUGUUGAAAGUGACAUGGAGGGGAACUUGUUUUAGCACAUCUACGCCAGAAAAUGUCAUUCAAGGUAUCUAAGUAAUAGUUAAUUGAAAUAUUUUUAAUUGUUUCAAGCAAAAUAUCGCCAAGCAAUAAAUUUGCAAAAACUGGAUGUGAGACAUUAUUCGUCCCAAGUUUUAUGACAUACAACUCAACACAAGGGAAGUUAUAGGAGUAGAUGAUUUUUGCCCUAUCCCCUCCACCACCACUAUACUCGCCCCCUACACCCGGAAUGGUGAUUUCUGUGUAUUUUUUAUCAGUGCCCUUUUUGUUUUGUUUAAAGGGGCGCAUAGUAAAAAUAACAUUAUACUAGGACCCUUUAUUUAAAAAUGUUUCAUUCUGUAAAAACUUAACUGUUCGCCUGCAGGAUAAUCACCAAAAUAAGUUAGCAAAUUUCGGACGUUUUUUGUAUAAAAAUCUUCGCGCCAUGUUGCUGCUUUCCAUGACUGUCGAUCAUUGCGACAUUUCCAUCUUCGAAAACGACGAAGCAAACAGCCAUGUUUCGAACCAUGACGACAUAAGGUAAAGAAUUGUUGCUUUCGGAAAAUAAGCUUCGAAUUUAUCAAAACCAACUCCUUGUGUGAAGAUUGCGUAUUCCUUCAUAUCAAUUUCCAUAUUGACAUCCUCGGAGAAAGUAGAAAUUGCCUCGAGAAUAUGAGGGAGCCCACGCAUGGAUGAACUACUGUACAGGUAAUUUCCAAUUUCCAUGCACCCACAAAUAAAAGGCCGGAAUAUUUCAACGAAGGGUUGUUCUGACAAAUAUUGCCAUGGCAGAUCCAUAUAUUAUAAUAUAGGUAUGUACCCAACGAUCCGUUGUUUGACCCUUGUUCCUUUUCGGACCAGCAAGGUUUCCCCAAAGUUAGCAAAACUUUAAAUGCUAGGUAUCUUCUUUUUCUAAACCAAAACCAUUUUAUUAAAAUUCAUUGAAAAUGGAAACAUGCUCUAGUUAUAUAACGUUGACUGAACAUUUAAAAUUGAUGCUUAGUACCUCCCCCUUGAAGCAGAUUUCACACAAUGGCAUCUCGAAACUCAAUGACUUCAAUCCACUCAGCCAACUAGAUACAGCAAAAUUUUAACUUUUUUUAUUUCUGGAACUUACAUAACAUCCUGUAAAAUUAUCACAGUAACUUUAUUUACCUUAGCGCAAAAUAUCCCACAAGAUACACUGUCUUGUUGUUUCGCGUGAGGAAUCGUUUGUAGAAGCCAUGGUUUUUGUGAAGAAGAUGAUGUAACUUUUUGUAAACAAGAAAUAAAAAUUCUCUCAAUAAUAGUUAGCACACCAAAAAAAAUUAUCUUUUUCAUUUAAAGUAAAGUAUUCUUAAUAUUAUUUUUUUUGACAUGACCUUUAAGUACAUUUUUCCUUACCAGAUAGGCCCUAAGAUAAGAAACGAAACCAUGAGUUGCAAAUUAGGAAUUAUAUUGAAACUAAUUAUAAUUAUUGAUGGACUAUCAUACCGCCUGUUAAACUUAAUUCCGUUUAUUUAGCACGCCAUUCAACGCAUCAACUUCUUCACCUAUAGGAUUAAGAUAGCAAAUCAUAACUCAUUUUCUCUUUGGGGAAAACCGCUUUUAGUGUUCAAUGAUAAUUAUUAAUGUUACACGAUAUCAACACAUCGAGCGCCAUCAGUUCUUCCUGAAAAAAUUAGCGUGAAAAAAUUUAAAAGUUAUUUAAGGCACUUUGCUAAUAUGAUCGUUAGUAUAUUAGACAAUAAAUUUAUACAUAUGAUAUCUCGUGUGGCCUCUUGUAGAUACGUUUUAUCUGCGAUCAACUCUUCGGGGCGAAUGUUUUUCUGAAACUAAUUUUAAAUCUCUGCAUUAAUAUCCAAUUAAAUAAAGCAAAUAGGCUUAAAAUAUUUCCUUACAUCAUUCACACUUGUUGCCACUAUCUUUAAAUAUUCGAAUACAACAUCGUCAUUAACGCUAUCCUUCAAUGCUUCUUUCAGUUGGUAGGUUCGCAUUUUUGUUUUACAGGUGCCCAGCAUGGAUAGUAUAAUAUUAUUCCCAGGUUGCGCUUUCAACUUUGCGCAAAAUAUAUGCCAAUUAAAAAUUAAAGUACAUUUUUGCAAGAUAAGAAAUAAUCUAUAGACUUACUGUCAUUUGUACUAGCAUUGACUUAACGCUAAUUUCGUUUGCUAAUUACUCGUUAAAUCUUGCUAGGUAACCUCUGACCAACGUACGGUUACCCAAUUGUUACCCAAUCAUUACUCGUUGGUUACUCGUUGCUCCAAAACUUCUACAGCUUUACAAGGUCUUUCACACGUCCUUUACCUUUAUGACCUUGUCAACACGUUUCGACAUGGAACCAGUUGUUUUGUUGAUAACUCUCGAAGGAUAAUUCAAAAGUUUUCUCUUUACACAACGACAGAAUUGCACAUAUGUUUCUUUCUCCAGUCUUCUUUCCAAGGCAUCUUUUUUAAGCUGGAUAUUAGCCAAAUGAAAGACGAUUUCAAUGGGGAUAAGGUCGGGUGAACGAGCUGGAAUCUUAAGAAGUCUGCACCCUGUGUUGUUGACAUUAUAAAAACCGUCGCUGAGGUUUUUAAUCCAUACACAGGAUUUCUUAAAAUGGUUUUAUUCUUAAUGUGGAGAGAAUUUAAAUCUUAAUUUAUAAUUAGGAACACAAUGGGAACAUUCUUUCGAUUGAUUGAAUGAAACUGUUGGAAGUGACAUGGAGGGGAACUUGUUUUAGCACAUUUACGCCAGAAAAUGUCAUUCAAGGUAUCUAAGUAAUAGUUAAUUGAAAUAUUUUUAAUUCUUUGAAGCAAAAUAUCACCAAGCAAUAGAUUUGCAAAAACUGGAUGUGAGACAUUAUUCGUCUCAAGUUUUAUGACAUACAACUCAACACAAGGGAAGUUAUAGGAGUAGAUGAUUUUUGCCCUAUCCCCUCCACCACCACUAUACUCGCCCCCUACACCCGGAAUGGUGAUUUCUGUGUAUUUUUUAUCAGUGCCCUUUUUGUUUUGUUUAAGGGGGCGCAUAGUAAAAACAACAUUAUACUAGGACCUUUUAUUUAAAAAUGUUUCAUUCUGUAAAAGUCUAACUGUUUGCCUGCAGGAUAAUCACCAAAAUAAGUUAGCAAAUUUCUUACGUUUUUUGUAUAAAAAGUCCUUGCGCCUGUUGCUGCUUUCCAUGACUGUCGAUCAUUGCGACAUUUCCAUCUUCGAAAACGACGAAGCAAACAGCCAUGUUUCGAACCAUGACGACAUAAGGUAAAGAAUUGUUGCUUUCGGAAAAUAAGCUUCCAAAAGGGGCUUCGAAUUUAUCAAAACCAACUUCUUGUGUGAAGAUUACGUAUUCCUUCAUAUCAAUUUCCAUAUUGACAUCCUCGGGGAAAGUAGAAAUUGCCUCGAGAAUAUGAGGGAGCCCACGCAUGAAUGAACUAUUGUACAGGUAAUUUCCGAUUUCCAUGCACCCACAAAUAAAAGGCAGGAAUAUUUCAACGUAGGGUUGUUCUGAAAAAUAUUGGCAUGGCAGAUCCAUUUAUUAUAAUAUAGAUAUGUACCCAACCGUUGUUUGACCCUUGUUCCUUUUUGGACCGGCAAGGUUUCCCCAGAGUCAGCAAAACUUUAAAUGCUAGGUAUCUUCUUUUCUAAACCAAAACCAAUUUAUUAAAAUACAUUGAAAAUGAAAACAUGCUCUAGUUAUUUAACGUUGAAUGAACAUUUAAAAUUGAUGCUUAGUACCUCCCCCUUAAAGCAGCUUUCUCACAAUGGCAUCUCGAAACUCAAUGACUUCUUUUUUGUUGAACUCAACUGAGAUUUGCUGAUUGCGCAUAAUCCACUCAGCCAACUAGAUACAGCGAAAUUUUAGCUUUUUUUAUUUUCGGAACUUACAUAACAUCCUUUAAAAUUAUCACAGUAACUUUAUUUACCUUUGCGCAAAAUAUCCCACAAGAUACACUGUCUUGUUAUUUCGCGUAGGGAAUCAUUUGUAGAGGCCAUAGUUUUUGUGAAAAAGAUGAUGUAACUUUUUGUAAACAAGAAAUAAAAAUUCUCUCAAUAAUAGUUAGCACCAAAAAAAUUAUCUUUUUUAUUUAAAGUAAAGUAUUCCUAAUAAUUUUUUUUAAAGUACCUUUAAGUACAUAUUUUCUUAUCAGAUAGGUGCUAAGAUAAUAAACGAAACCAUGAGUUGGAAAUUAGGAAAUAUAUUUAAACUAAUUGAAAUAAUUGAUGGACUAUCAUACCGCCUAUUACACUUACUUCCAUUUAUUUAGCACGCCAUUCAACGCAUCAACUUCUUCACCCAUAGGAUUAAGAUAGCAAAUCAUAACUCAUUUUCUCUUUGGGGAAAACCACUGUUUGUGUCCAAUGAUAAUUAUUAAUGUUACACGAUAUCAACAUAUCGAGCACCAUCAUUUCUUCCUGAAAGAAUUAGCGUGAAAAAAUUUAAAAGUUAUUUAAGGCACCUUGCUAAUAUGAUCGUUAGUAUAUUAGACAAUAAAUUUAUACAUAUGAUAUCUCGCGUGGCCUCUGGUAGAUACGUUUCAUCUGUGAUCAAUUCUGUGGGCGAAGUUUUUCUGAAACUAAUUUUAAAUCUCUGCAUUAUUAUCCAAUUAAAUAAAGCAAAUAGGCUUAAAAUAUUUCCUUACAUCAUUCACACUUGUUGCCACUAUCUUUAAAUAUUCGAAUACAACAUCGUCACCAACGCUAUCCUACAAUGCUUCUUUCAGUUGGUAGGUUCGCAUUUUUUGUUUUACAGGUGCCCAGCAUGGAUAGUAUAAUAUUAUUCCCAGGUUGCGCUUUCAACUUUGCGAAAACUAUAUGCCAAUUAAAAAUUGAAGUACAUUUUUACAAGAUAAGAACUAAUCUAUAGACUUACUGUCAUUUGUACUAGCAUUGACUUAACGCUAAUUUCGUUUGCUAAUUCUUGUUAAAUCUUGCUAGGUAACCUCUGAACAACCUAGGGUUACCCAGUUGUUACCCAAUGAUUACUCGUUGGUUACUCGUUGCUCCAAAACUUCCAUAGCUUUACAAGGUCUUUCACACGUCCUUUACCUUUAUGACCUUGUCAAAACGUUUCGACAUGGAACCAAUUGUUUUGUCCAUAAUUCUUGAAGGAAAAUUCGAAAGUUUUCUCUUUACACGACGAAAGAAUUGCACAUAUGUUUCUUUCUCCAGUGUUCUUUCCAUGGAAUCUUUUUUAAGCUGGAUAUUAGCCAAGUGAAAGACGUUUUCAAUGGGGAUAAGGUCGGGUGAACGAGCUGGAAUCUUAAAAAGUCCGCACCCUGUGUUGUUGACAUUAUAAAACCGUCGCUGAUGUUUUUAAUCUAACACAGGUUUUCUUAGAUUUUACGGAUGUUUUCCACUCACAAAUUGACUUUUUUUUUAGCGUUUUGAAUGUUUUCGCUAAUAAGUAUUUGUGUCCUCUCAUAGCGUUCAUACACCGGCACAGUAAAUAAUUCAUGCAGAGUUUAAUCGGUGAGAAUGUCACGUCACAAACUCAGACUUACGAUAUCUGUCUGCAAUAUAAAUGUUGUUCACAUUAUAUAAGAACUGUCGUUGAUGUUUUUAAUCCAUACACAGGGUUUCUUAAAAUGGUUUUAUUCUUAAUGUGGAGAGAAUUUAAAUCUUAAUUUACUAGCCAUAGUUACCACUAAUGCGCCCCGAAUUACUAAUAACGAUUUCAAACAUUCAAAUUUAGAACGGGAUUUAAAAUUAAAAUGGAAAAUGGUGGACGUUUGAAAUCUAUAAAAACUGCAGUGUUAGAACUUAUUAUUUUCGUUAUUUUCACAUUUGGCUAAGGCUCUAUCUAUAAAGUUAGAUCUUGAUUAAAUAUAUGUACACUUUAAACGCCUCUAGCCUUCUUGUUGUGUAAUUUCACGUAAUCAUUGCUUUUGAUUUUUGGUUAAAAUUCGUUCAAAAGACUUACGCAUACAUUUAUGACUUAUCCAAACUCCAAAAAUUCUUGUGCUGUAAUAACAAAUUGUGUCUGAAAGCUAUUCUGCUGAAACAUUUUCCGCCAAAUAUGACGAAUAUGAUAGAAAUGCAGUACGGAAUUGCAUAGAGGCUUGUGAAUAAGCUUAUUGCCCAGGGGAAAAUUUUUAAAUAAGAAGCCCUGCGACUUGAAGAUUUCCGUCAUUAGCCUAAAAGAUUCUGUGGGGUAUAUAAACACAUCAUAAGUAUCCUAAUUCUCAAUUAUUAUUGCGUAAAAUACAACUUUUUUUUUACAUAUAUGUAGUAUAUAUUCUAAAACAAUAGUUAAAACUUUAACUGGAUUUUUUUAUAACUGAUCUCGAAAAUUCCAGGAUGCAGGAUUGCUAUGUAUGAACUUCACGAUUCGAAUAUAUAUAAUAACUUCUGAACAAUUUCAAUUUCAAUGAAUUAUUACUCUGUUAAGUUACCAAUAAAAUCCUUAAAAAUUUCUCUUGUUGAAGAUUUUUCGAAACUGCUGAUGGUGCAUGGUUUCAUAACAAAUGAUCUGAAAAAGAAAGUAUAUUUAAAAUUGAGAAAGAAGAAUACAAUUUUACCAGAACUGAAUUAAUACUAGGUUGUUUAAUUAUUGUCUACUUAUCUGAUUUAAAGUUAGAAUUUAUUAAAAAGAUACAAAUCAAUGCCAUGUGAUACACAAAAGGUAUACUAUAUAAAUAAAAAUAUAUAUAUAAAUUUAGUCAAGCUGGCUUUGAUAUAAUUGUUAAACAAGUAUAAUAUUAAGCAGGCGAUACAAGAUUUUCAAACCUGUGGACAAUACAGGACUUAUUUUGUUGAAAUCGAUUUAUUGAAUUUUACAAAUUUGAUUGUUUAUUAUCGAGGAAAUUGAUUGGUCAUUGUUUUCGAAUUGAAUUGAACAAGUUGAUACAAAAAAGGGUAGACACUCAAUUAAUAAAUUUGUCAGAUUUGAUAAAUCAACAACAUCAUUUAUAAUUUCAAGAAAAAACAUAAAAAAGGGAAGAAAACAAAGAAACCUGUAACAUACUGUGGGUAGCGUCUAGUUGUACUGCAAGGGCUAACUAUGUUAUGUUAUUGGUUAAUUUAUCAGUUCAACUUGAAUGUUCCGUGCAAUGAACAACAAUAUUUUUUCAUGAUUCAACAAAUAUCUUUUUAUAUAUAUUCUUGCGGUCUGAUUCGUGUCAACCAAUCACGGGCAGCCAUUAUGAAAUGGGGUACAAAUGCCGUAAUUAAUGUUUUUGUGGUGAAAUCUUCAUAAAUACAAUACUGGAUUUUUCAAGGAAUUCUUUUUUUUUUAGUCAAAUCUUUAAUAUGUUUUAGAUACUGCUUAAUUUUUGCCAUUUUGCGACAUUUUAACGACGUUUUACUUGUAAAUUCUGUUUAAGUAAGGUUGCUACUUUGAAGGUUUGACCGUGAAAAGUCCACUUUGUUCUCCAUCGGAUAGCAACGAAGGAGAACAUCCUGACCGCAAGAAUACAUGAUAGCAGCCUCACAAAGGUUCCUUUAGAAGUUAUUUUACUCACCCAAAACGCCUAUACUUUUUACGGUGUAUGUGGCUUAUCAGCACCCUCGUUGAUAAAAUUACACAGGGCAGGAUAAAAGUUUUUUGUUGCUUCUGAAAAAAGGGACUCUAAUGAAAGCACUAUUUUGUGCAGUUCUAGCUUAAUAGCUGUAGUACAAGUGAGAGUAGUUUUACGACUAUUAACUUAUAAAAUGCAAGAAUUUAAAAAUAAGUAUUUAGCUCCCUAGCUACAUCAUUAAAGCUAUUACGACAAGCCAGACCAUCGGGAAGGGAAGACCAACAAAAUGCAAGCAGUUUUAGUCAUGGCCAUACACGGAAUGUUCUGUUCUUGAUUGACUUUAAAUUGUGAUGCAUUUAUAAAUUGCGGCCUUUGGAUCAACGCCAUAAACCGUUCUGAGUUUAAUUUCAUAUAAAAUAUAAGUAAUCCUUCUACUUACUGUUAACAAGUUUCGAAACAACUUGAACAAAGAAAAACAAACCUUUUCUUGAAGAUAAAUUCACGUGGGCUGCAGUGACAUUUAAGCAUAUUAAACGAGACAAUAUUACAAAGCUUUAAAUUAACAUAACAAAAGAAUCUCGAUUAAUAUUUUUUAUGGCACUCAAAUCUUCAGAGACAACAAAGAAACCGAGACAAGAUAAGUUUUGCUCGAUCAGUGUUAUUUUUGUCUUGAUGGUACCAAACACACAGGUUGUGUUAUAUCAAACCUAGGUUGGAUGUUCGAGCCGAAGUUCCCCCGCGAAGUUGAGAGUAAGAAAAAAACUUCUCCCAUACAUAAAACAAACACUAUAUACCCGCGGUCCACUAAAUGUGCGCCCCUUCGGCGGGGCGCAAUAAUUAGGAACACAAUGGGAACUUCUUUCAAUUGAUUGAAUGAAACUGUUGAAAGUGACAUGGAGGGGAACUUGUUUUAGCACAUCUACGCCAGAAAAUGUCAUUCAAGGUAUCUAAGUAAUAGUUAAUUGAAAUAUUUUUAAUUCUUUGAAGCAAAAUAUCGCCAAGCAAUAAAUUUGCAAAAACUGGAUGUGAGACAUUAUUCGUCCCAAGUUUUAUGACAUACAACUCAACACAAGGGAAGUUAUAGGAGUAGAUGAUUUUUGCCCUAUCCCUUCCACCACCACUAUACUCGCCCCCUACACCCGGAAUGGUGAUUUCUGUGUAUUUUUUAUCAGUGCCCUUUUUGUUUUGUUUAAAGUGGCGCAUAGUAAAAACAACAUUAUACUAGGACCUUUUAUUUAAAAAUGUUUCAUUCUGUAAAAAUCUAACUGUUCGCCUGCAGGAUAAUCACCAAAAUAAGUUAGCAAAUUUCGGACGUUUUUUGUAUAAAAAAUCCUUGCGCCUGUUGCUGCUUUCCAUGACUGUCGAUCAUUGCGACAUUUCCAUCUUCGAAAACGACAAAGCAAACAGCCAUGUUUUGAACCAUGACGACAUAAGGUAAAGAAUUGUUGCUUUCGGAAAAUAAGCUUCCAAAAGGGGCUUCGAAUUUAUCAAAACCAACUUCUUGUGUGAAGAUUGCGUAUUCCUUCAUAUCAAUUUCCAUAUUGACAUCCUCGGGGAAAGUAGAAAUUACCUCGAGAAUAUGAGGGAGCCCACGCAUGGAUGAACUACUGUACAGGUAAUUUCCGAUUUCCAUGCACCCACAAAUAAAAGGCAGGAAUAUUUCAACGAAGGGUUGUUCUGAAAAAUAUUGCCAUGGCAGAUCCAUUUAUUAUACAACACAUUCUCUCUGCAAAUUGUACAUAUAUGGUAGAAGUGACCAUAUAGUAAAUUCUACUGAAUUGGUAUAAAUACCAAAUCCCGUUUCUACUAGUACAGUAGAUGUUGAAUUCUACUGUAUUUGUACAAUUACUGUGUGUGAGGGAAAAAAUGGUAGCAGUCACAGUGUAGUGAAUGUGAAUAAAUCAGUUGCCAAUGGAUAAAAUCAAAAGCUAGCUAGCUUUGUUUUUGACAGUUAAUUUAGCUAAGUAUUGGAAA